AAAACGCUGUGCUUUUGACGGCAAAUCGCUUUUGGCAGCUGCUUUUGGCAGCAGCCAAGUUAAGAAACAACAAAAAAACAACGUUUGCUGGCUUUUCGUCGCUCUUCGUUGGCAGCUGUUGGCAGUAUGAACUGAUUUUGGCCCAAACUGGAUGAAAAAAAUGCAAAAAUGAAAAUAUUUUUGCCACUAGUCACGUGGAUAGUGCUACUACUCUCGAGUACAGUACAUUCACAAUAUACACAACAACCGCAACCAUUCAAGACAAACUUGAGGGCGAAUAGUCGGUUUCGCGGCGAGGUCUUCUAUCUAAACCUCGAGGAUGGCUACUUUGGCUGCCAGGUCAACGAGUCCACCGACUAUUUGCAGCUAUACGAACUAUCGAAACUAUGCGACGGCACCCAGGAUUGUUAUCUGGGUUCCGAUGAGCUGAGCAAAGAGCUCAAAUGCACAAAUGACUGUGAUAAGGAUGGCACUCAGUGCACACAUGGCGCGUGUUUGAACGGCGUCUGCCAUUGCAAUGACGGCUACGGUGGCUGCAAUUGCGUGGACAAAGAUGAGAACGAAUGCAAACAGCGUCCGUGCGAUGUGUUCGCCCAUUGCACAAACACACUGGGCAGCUUCACGUGUACCUGCUUCCCGGGCUAUCGUGGCAAUGGCUUCCAUUGUGAAGACGUUGACGAAUGCCAAGAUCCCGCGAUAGCAGCAAGAUGCGUGGAGAAUGCCGAGUGUUGCAAUCUGCCGGCGCAUUUCCUUUGCAAGUGCAAGGACGGCUUUGAGGGCGAUGGCGAAGUACUCUGCACAGAUGUCGAUGAGUGCCGCAAUCCGGAGAAUUGCGGUCCCAAUGCCCUGUGCACCAAUACGCCGGGCAACUAUACAUGCUCGUGCCCGGAGGGCUUUGUGGGCAACAAUCCGUAUCGAGAGGGUUGCCAGGAUGUGGACGAGUGCUCGUAUCCGAAUGUCUGCGGACCCGGUGCCAUAUGUACGAAUCUCGAGGGCAGUCAUCGCUGCGACUGCCCGCCGGGAUACGAUGGAGAUGGACGCUCGGAGUCCGGUUGCGUUGAUCAUGACGAGUGCGCCCGUUCGCCAUGCGGCCGGAAUGCGGACUGUUUGAAUACGGAGGGCAGUUUUCGCUGCCUGUGUCCGGAUGGAUACAGCGGUGAUCCCAUGCACGGAUGCGAGGAUGUCGAUGAAUGCGCCACUAACAAUCCAUGCGGUUUGGGUGCUGAAUGCGUGAACAUGGGCGGUAGCUUUCAAUGUCGCUGUCCCCUCGGCUUUGUCCUUGAGCAUGAUCCGCAUGCGGAUCAAUUGCCCCAACAGCAACUUGGUUACGGGCCGGGGGCGACGGACAUUGUGCCCUACCAAAGGACCUCGGGCGCCGGCCUGGCCUGCCUGGACAUUGAUGAGUGCAAUCAGCCGGAUGGCGUGGCCAAGUGCGGCACUAACGCGAAAUGCAUUAACUUUCCCGGCUCGUAUCGAUGCUUGUGUCCAAGCGGAUUCCAAGGACAGGGCUAUUUGCACUGCGAGAACAUCAACGAGUGUCAGGAUAAUCCGUGUGGGGAGAACGCUAUCUGCACGGAUACCGUCGGCAGCUUCGUGUGCUCGUGCAAGCCGGACUAUACGGGGGAUCCGUUCCGUGGAUGUGUGGACAUUGACGAAUGUACGGCCUUGGAUAAGCCAUGUGGACAGCAUGCCGUUUGCGAAAAUGCCUCACCAGGAUACAAUUGCAAGUGCCCGCAGGGCUACGAUGGGAAACCUGAUCCCAAAGUGGCCUGCGAACAAGUGGAUGUCAACAUUCUCUGCACCAGCAACUUUGAUUGCACCAACAAUGCGGAGUGUAUUGAGAAUCAGUGCUUCUGUUUGGAUGGCUUUGAGCCCAUUGGAGCCAGCUGUGUGGAUAUCGACGAGUGCCGCACCCAUGCGGACGUCUGUGGUCCCCACUCACAGUGCCUGAACACACCCGGAUCGCAUACCUGUGAAUGUGAGGCUGGCUAUGUGGGCAGUCCCCCAAGGAUGCCCUGCAAGCAGCCCUGCGAAGAUGUACGGUGUGGAGACCACGCCUACUGCAAACCCGAUCAGAAUGAAGCCUAUUGCGUGUGUGAGGAGGGUUGGACAUAUAACCCCAGUGAUGUUUCAGCGGGCUGCGUGGAUAUUGAUGAAUGUGAUGUGUUGCAUGGACCAUUCGGAAGCUGUGGUCAGAAUGCCACAUGCACGAACAACGCCGGAGGCUACACGUGCGCCUGUCCGCCCGGCUACUCGGGUGAUCCUCACUCCAAGUGCGUGGAUGUGGACGAGUGCCGAUCAGGUGCCAGCAAAUGUGGAGCUGGAGCUGAGUGUGUAAACAUGGCCGGCGGCGGUUACACUUGUCGCUGCCCUGAGAAUACCAUCGCCGACCCGGAUCCCAGUGUACGAUGCGUGCCCAUUGUGAGCUGCUCCGUCAACGAGGAUUGUCCUGGCAACGCCAUUUGUGAUGAGACCAAACGUUGUCUGUGUCCCGAACCAAAUAUUGGUAAUGAUUGCCGUCAUCCGUGUGAAGCGCAAGACUGCGGUGCCCAUGCCCAGUGCAUGUUGGCCAACGGACAGGCUCAGUGCCUGUGUGCUCCCGGGUACACUGGAAAUGCAGCUCUCCCGGGAGGCUGCAAUGAUAUCGACGAGUGCUCGAGGGCUAAUCCCUGUGCCGAGAAGGCCAUUUGCACCAACACAGCUGGCGGUUACCUGUGCCAGUGCCCAGGCGGUUCCAGUGGAGAUCCAUAUCGAGAUGGCUGCAUUACUUCGAAAACCGUGGGUUGCUCCGAUGCAAAUCCCUGUGCGACAGGCGAAAGCUGCGUCCAAGAUUCCUACACCGGCAACAGUGUUUGCAUUUGCCGGCAGGGCUAUGAACGGAAUCCGGAGAACGGACAGUGCCAAGAUGUGGAUGAGUGUUCUGCCCAGAGGGGAAAGCCUGCAUGUGGUCUGAAUGCUCUCUGCAAGAAUUUGCCCGGUAGCUACGAGUGCCGCUGUCCCCAAGGACACACAGGCAAUCCGUUCAUCAUGUGCGAGAUCUGCAACACACCGGAGUGUCAAUGUCAGCCGCCAUAUAAGCUCUUAGGCAACAGUUGUGUUCUGGCGGGCUGCUCCAACGGUCAGGCCUGUCCCAGUGGAGCGGAAUGCAUCUCCAUAGCGGGAGGUGUCAGUUACUGUGCCUGUCCCAAGGGCUAUCAGACCCAACCAGAUGGCAGCUGUGCCGACGUCAAUGAAUGUGAGGAACGUGGAGGAGCGCAACUAUGCUCAUUUGGAGCUCAGUGCGUGAACACACAAGGAGGCUAUAGUUGCCACUGUCCGGAGGGUUACCUUGGCGAUGCCUACAAUGGACUCUGUGCCCCGGCUCAACGUAAGUGCGCUGCCGACAAGGAGUGUUCGAGCAACGAGAAAUGCAUCCAGCCCGGAGAGUGUGUAUGCCCGCCUCCUUACUUCCUGGAUCCGCAGGAUAACAACAAGUGCAAGAGUCCCUGUGAACGUUUCCCGUGCGGCAUUAAUGCCAAGUGCACGCCAUCGGAUCCACCACAGUGUAUGUGCGAGGCUGGCUUCAAGGGAGAUCCCCUCCUGGGUUGCACGGACGAGGACGAGUGUGCCCACCUUCCAUGUGGCUAUGGCGCCUAUUGUGUGAACAAGAAGGGCGGUUACCAGUGCGUGUGCCCCAAGGGCUUUACCGGAGAUCCGUACAAGAGCGGAUGCAUCCUGGAGACCGGUACACCGAAGAGCAAGUGUCUAAGCAACGAUGAUUGCGCCAGUAAUCUGGCCUGCUUGGAUGGCAGCUGCGUUAGCCCGUGCAUCAGUCUCCUGUGUGGAUCCAAUGCCUAUUGUGAGACGGAGCAACAUGCGGGAUGGUGUCGCUGUCGCGUGGGCUUUGUGAAGAACGGCGACGGUGAUUGCGUAUCCCAGUGCCAGGAUGUGAUCUGUGGCGAGGGAGCUCUCUGCAUUCCCACCAGCGAGGGACCGACCUGCAAGUGCCCACAAGGACAGCUGGGUAAUCCCUUCCCCGGCGGUAGUUGCAGCACGGAUCAGUGCACGGCCUCCAGACCUUGCGGUGAACGACAGAUAUGCAUUAAUGGCAGAUGCAAGGAGCGCUGCGAAGGCGUUGUCUGUGGCAUCGGCGCCACCUGUGAUAGAAAUAAUGGAAAAUGUGUCUGCGAACCGAACUUUGUGGGAAAUCCCGACCUGCUCUGUAUGCCGCCAAUAGUGCAAGCCAUAUGCUCGCCGGUUUGUGGUGAGAAUGCUCAUUGCGAAUACGGUCUGGGCCAGAGCCGAUGUGCCUGUAAUCCUGGCACCUUUGGCAAUCCCUACGAGGGAUGCGGAGCACAGAGCAAGAACGUUUGCCAACCGAAUAGCUGUGGACCCCAUGCCGAAUGCCGAGCUGUGGGAGACCGCAUCUCCUGCCUGUGCCCGCAGGGCUUCAGUGGCAAUCCCUAUAUUGGCUGCCAGGAUGUGGAUGAGUGCACCAAUAAGCCAUGUGGUCUGAACGCGGCUUGUCUGAAUACAGCCGGAGGAUUCGAGUGCCUUUGCCUGUCGGGUCAUGCCGGCAAUCCGUACAGUAGCUGUCAGCCCAUCGAGAGCCGUUUCUGCCAGGAUGCCAGCAAGUGUCAGUGCAAUGAGCGUGUUGAGUGUCCCGAUGGCUACAGCUGUCAGAAGGGUCAAUGCAAGAACCUCUGCUCCCAGGCGUCAUGUGGCCCACGAGCUAUUUGCGAUGCCGGGAAGUGCAUCUGCCCGAUGGGCUACGUUGGGGAUCCGAAGGAUCUGAUUAAUGGUUGCAGCAUUCGCGGCCAGUGUGGCAACGAUGCCGACUGCCGGCACUCGGAAAUCUGCUUCCAGCUGGGCAAGGGACUGCGCAAGUGCGUUGACGCCUGCUCCAAGAUUCAGUGUGGACCCAAUGCUCUCUGCGUAGCGGAUGACCAUCGUUCUUCCUGCAUCUGUUCGGAUGGUUACUUUGGGAACCCAAGCAACCUGCAAGUUGGAUGUCAGCCGGAGAGAAAGGUUCCAGUGGAAGAGGAGGAUAAAUGCAAAUCGGAUAAGGACUGUGAGCGAGGAUAUGGAUGUCAGAUGGCAGGCGGACAUGGCGGCCGAGAGUGCAUUAACUUGUGCUCCAAUGUUGUCUGCGGACCCAAUGAGCUGUGCAAGAUAAACCCAGCUGGACAUGCGAUUUGCAACUGUGCCGAGAGCUAUGUGUGGAACCCAGUUGUCUCCUCAUGCGAGAAGCCUUCGCUGCCGGACUGCACCAGUGAUGCCAACUGUCCCGAUGCCUCCGCUUGUCGUCCGGAUGUCUUGGGUGUGCUCAAGUGCGUCGCCAUCUGCGACGCCUUCACGUGUCCGGCCAAUUCGGUGUGCGUGGCUCGUCAGCACCAGGGACGUUGUGACUGUCUGCCCAACUUCGUGGGUAAUCCGAACGAUAGAAAUGGCUGCCAGCCAGCUGUAAAGCAUCAGUGCAAGAACCAUGCCGAGUGCCAGGAGUCAGAGGCUUGUAUCAAGGAUGAGAACACUCAAACGCUUGGCUGCCGUGCUGCCUGCGAUACCGUGAAGUGCGGACCCCGUGCCGUUUGCAUAACCAACAACCAUCAGGCGCAGUGUCAGUGUCCCCCUGGACCAUUUGCCGGAGAUCCGUACGAUCCUUUCAAUGGCUGCCAGAGUGUCCCGUGUGUGUAUAAUCACGACUGCCCACCCAGUCAGAUGUGUAACCGAAUGACCCAUACCUGUUACGAUGUGUGCGACGAGGAGUCUUGUGGCGAAAAUGCCAUCUGUCUGGCUGAAGAUCAUCGGGCCGUUUGCCAGUGUCCGCCGGGAUUUAAGGGAGACCCGUUGCCAGAAGUGGCUUGCACAAAGCAAGGAGGAUGUGCUGCCGGAACCUGUCACGCCUCGGCCAUUUGCGAAGUUACCCCAGAAGGACCUGUCUGCAAGUGUCCGCCCCACUUUGGAGGCGAUCCCAAGACGCGCGGAUGUCGUCCUGAAGGUCAGUGUCCCAAUGGAGAUGCUGAUUGCCCCGCCAACACAAUCUGCGCUGGAGGAAGAUGCCAGAAUCCCUGCGACAAUGCCUGCGGAGCCAAUGCUGAGUGUAAGGUGGUCAACAGAAAGCCUGUCUGCAGUUGCCCGCUGCGAUUCCAACCUGUGUCUGAUACGGCACGGGAUGGAUGUGCCCGUAGUCCGUCCAAGUGUCUCACAGACGUGGACUGCGGUGGACAGUUGUGCUACAACGGACAAUGCCGCAUUGCCUGCAGGAAUUCGCAGGACUGCUCCGAUGGAGAGAGCUGCCAGAGCAACGUCUGCGUGGUUGCCUGUCUGGAUCACAGCCAGUGCACCAGUGGCUUAGCCUGCGUGGAGGGUCACUGCACCAUCGGCUGUCGCAGCAACAAGGAAUGCAAGCAGGAUCAGUCCUGUAUUGAGAACAAGUGCCUGAAUCCCUGCCAGUCGGGCAGCAGCUGUGGCCCCAAUGCCCUCUGCAGCAUUGCCCAGCAUCGAAGCCAAUGCAGUUGCCCAGAGGGCUUCGAAGGAAACCCCACACCUGAACAAGGAUGUGUGCGAGUGCCGGCUCCCUGCCUAGCAAGCAAUCAAUGCCCCAACGGACACAUGUGCAUCGGCAAUCAAUGCAAUCUGCCGUGCACCAAGACCUCGGCCUGUGCCAUCGGAGAACGUUGCUAUCAACAGGUUUGUCGCAAGGUUUGCUACACGAGCAACAACUGUUUGGCCGGCGAGAUCUGUAACUCGGAUAGGACAUGCCAGCCAGGCUGUGAAUCUGAUGCCGAUUGCCCGCCCACCGAAUUGUGCCUCACCGGAAAGUGCAAGUGUGCCACUGGCUUCAUAGGAACACCCUUCGGCUGCUCGGACAUUGACGAAUGUACUGAAAAACCUUGCCAUGCCAGCGCUGUAUGUGAGAAUAUCCCCGGAUCUUAUCGGUGCGUUUGCCCCGAGGGAACUGUCGGCGACGGCUAUGCCCAGCAACAGGGAUGCUCCAAAUCCGGACUGUGCCACAAAUCAGAUGAUUGCUCCAAUAACUUGGCCUGCAUCCAUGGCAAGUGCACUGAUCCCUGCGCGCACACUGUUUGCGGAGCCAAUGCUCAAUGCCAAGCGGAGGGACACGAGGCUUUGUGCAGCUGUCCCGGAGGAUAUUUGGGUGAUCCCAACGAUACCGGCGUGGGAUGCUUUAAGGUUGAAUGCAUUGAUCACGAGGAUUGUGCCGGAGAUCGUGCCUGCGAUGCGGAAACCAAUCGCUGCAUUAAGCCCUGUGACCUGACUAGUUGCGGCAAGGGUAAUUGCCAUGUUGAGGACCACAAGGCCGUCUGUGCCUGCUACGAAGGAUACCAGUUGGUCAACAACGGCGGAUGCGAGGACAUCAACGAGUGUCUCUCCAAGCCUUGCCACAGCACCGCCUUCUGCAACAAUUUACCAGGAAGCUACAACUGCCAGUGCCCCGAAGGAUUGAUUGGAGAUCCGCUACAAGCCGGUUGCCGCGACCCCAGCGAGUGUCUCAGUGAUGCGGACUGCCCGGUUUCGGCCAGUUGCCAGAACUCCCGAUGCCGCAGUCCUUGCGAACGUCAGAAUGCCUGCGGAUUGAAUGCCAACUGCCAGGCUCAGGCCCAUCAAGCGGUUUGCACAUGUCCCAUUAGUUCUCGCGGAGAUCCCACCGUUGAAUGUAUUCACAUUGAGUGUUCGGAUAAUGACGAUUGCUCCGGAGAUAAGGCCUGCUUGGACGCAAAGUGUAUAGAUCCCUGCUCCCUGCCGAAUGCCUGUGGAGCUCAGGCCCGUUGCUCGGUGCAGAACCACAUCGGAGUCUGCUCCUGUGAGUCGGGAAGUACCGGAGAUGCCAAGCUGGGAUGUGUGCCGUUGCAAUACUGCCAACAGGAUGAACAAUGCGCCCAGGGUAGCAUCUGCUCCCACGGCAUCUGCAGUCCUCUGUGCAGCACCAAUCGGGAUUGUAUCUCGGAACAGUUGUGCUUGCAGGGCGUCUGUCAGGGAACCUGCAAAUCGAACUCCACUUGUCCCCAGUUCCAGUUCUGCUCGAAUAACAUCUGCACCAAGGAGCUAGAGUGCCAAUCGAACGGAGAUUGUGGCGAGGACGAGACCUGCCUGAGUGAUGCCUACGGCCGUGCCAGGUGUGAGUCCGUGUGUUUGGGUCGCGCCGCCUGUGGCAGAAAUGCAGAAUGUGUGGCCCGUUCUCAUGCCCCCGAUUGUGUUUGCAAGGAUGGAUUCUUUGGAGACGCCCGGUCGGGAUGCCGAAAGAUCGAAUGCACCACCGAUGACGAUUGCUCCAAUGACAAGAGCUGCGACAACCACAUGUGCAAGAUUGCCUGCCUUAUUGGACAGCCGUGCGGAGAGAAUGCUCUCUGCACCACGGAACACCACCAGCAAGUGUGCCACUGCCAACCUGGUUUCAGUGGUGAUCCGCGUGUUCGUUGCGAUGUUAUCGACUUUUGCCGUGACGCUCCGUGCGGACCCGGAGCCCGUUGCCGGAACGCGAGGGGGUCGUACAAAUGCACCUGUCCCACGGGACUCGUUGGUGAUCCGUACAACGAGGGCUGUCGCAGCUCCGUGGAGUGCGAGACCAACGAGGACUGUCCCCCGCACGCUGCAUGCACCAAAACAAACGGGGUGGCCAAGUGCCGCGAUGUCUGUGCCCAGCUGCAAUGUGGCCCCAAUGCGGAAUGUGUUCCGAAGGGUCAUGUGGCGCAGUGUGCAUGCCGCAGCGGCUACGACGGCCAACCCGCUGACCGGGUGGCCGGCUGUAAGCCGUUGCCCGUUCCCUGUCAGGUUACCGGCGACUGUCCGACCAACACAUACUGCUCGGAUAGCGUCUGCAAACCUGCCUGCGUGCUGGACACCGAAUGUGGACCGUCUGAAGUGUGCCAAGGUGGCCAAUGCUUCAAUCCCUGCCUGCAGCCGCAGGCGUGUGGUCAAAAUGCCGAAUGCAUCAUCCAGAAUCACAUUAAGCAGUGUCACUGCCCCGCGGGCUUCACUGGCGAUUCAGCCAAGGAGUGCGUCCGAGUCCCGGUGGCCUGUGAUGGUGACUGUGCUGCUGGCUACACCUGUCGCGAUUCCAUGUGCCUGCCAGUGUGCCACAAUGAUCUUGAAUGCGCCUCGAAUGAGAAGUGCCUGAAGGGCAACUGUAUGCUAACCUGUCGCGUGGACAACGACUGUUUCCUGGGUCAUGUCUGCCUGCACAACAAGUGUGUCUAUGGCUGUCAUGUGGACGACGAUUGCAGUGCCUCCGAGUCCUGUCGCAAUGAUAAGUGCGUGAACCCCUGUCUGGAGAAUAGUCCCUGCGGCCCCAAUGCCGCCUGUGCUGUGUCGAACCAUCGGGCCAGCUGUAGCUGCUUGGAUAGCAUGGUGCCCAAUCCCACGCCCCAGGUGGGCUGUGUGCGCUCUCCCCCGCUGGAGUGUCGCGAGAACCGCGACUGUGGCAAUGGACUUGCCUGCUUCGAGUCCGUUUGCCGUCCCCUGUGCGCCGAUGAUGCUGGCUGCUUGACCAACGAACGUUGCCAGCAGGGAGUGUGCAAGUCGCUUUGCAGGCACGACAACGAGUGCGGUCAUGGCGAGCUCUGUCUGGGCCUGAAUUGUGUACCUGGCUGCCGCUCAGAUCAAGGAUGCCCUCAAGACCUGGCCUGCGUGGGUCAACAGUGCGUGGAUCCAUGUGCCGAUCCCACUGCCUGCGGCACUAACGCCAUCUGCCAGGUGAUCGAUCAUAGCAAGCAGUGCGCAUGCCCGGAUGGUCUCGACGGCAAUGCCAAUGUAGCCUGCAAGGUGCCCCGCAUCGCAUGUGGCAGGAAUGAGGAUUGCCAGUCCAAUCAACUCUGCUACGCCGGCAGCUGCCAGGCCAAGUGCAGGAACGAUCAGAACUGCCUGUCGGACGAGCGUUGCAUGCGAGGAACAUGCAGAACCGUUUGCAACACGGACGAAGCCUGCUCUCAGGGACAGAUCUGCGAGAACCGCAUGUGUCAAACCGGAUGCCGUACGGACUUGAGCUGUGCAACGGACGAGGCCUGCGUGAACAAGAAGUGCCAGAACCCAUGUCGCACCCCGGGUCAAUGCGGACAGUGUGCCGAUUGCCUGGUGGUCAACCACGGCGUCCAGUGCCAGUGCCCCGCAUCCUUCAUUGGAGAUGGUCUUACUGGCUGUCAGCUGCCGCCGGAACGCUGCCAUCCUGGUUGCGAGUGCGAUGAGAACGGCGCCUACUGUGCCGCCAAAUGCUCUAGGAACGAGGACUGCUCCUGUGGACAGCAGUGCGCCAGGGGAAAGUGCCGCAAUAAGUGCGGACCCAAGCGUCAAUGUACGGUGGGUCAGCUUUGCGAGCGAGGAGCCUGCAUUGCCGGUUGCAAGUCGAAUGGAGAUUGUGCCGCUGAUCAGAGCUGCGUCCGUGGAAAGUGCACGGAUCCUUGUGCGGAUGACAAGUCCUGCGGUCGGAAUGCCCUGUGCACUGUCUCUGAGCACCGAAUGCUCUGCUACUGCCCCGACGGCUAUGAAGGCGAGCCCAGCAAGGAGUGCGUGCAAUUCGAGUGCCGCGUGGAUACAGAUUGCGAUACCAAUAAGCGCUGUGACCAAGGAAAAUGCCGUAAUCCCUGCCUCGAAUAUGGAGCCUGUGGCUCGAAUGCCCAAUGCAGGGUGGUGGGUCGCAAGGCUCAGUGCUCUUGCCCACCGGAUUUCUUUGGCAAUCCAACUACAGGCUGCCAGCCGCUGGAGAGUGGAGGAUGUUCAAACAAACCAUGCGGUGAGAACUCCAAAUGCACUGAAGUGCCUGGCGGCUAUGAGUGUGCCUGCAUGGAUGGCUGCAUCGGAGACGCCCACAAUGGAUGUAUUUGCGGAGGACCGCUGGUGAAUGCCUGCCAGGAUCAGCCAUGUGGCUUAAACGCCGCCUGUCAUGUGCUGGAGAACAAUCAGGCCGAGUGCUACUGCCCGGAGAGCUUCCCCAACGGUGAUGCCUAUGUGCAAUGUUACCUGACGCCGCCGCAGCAGGAUUGUCGCACCCUUGAAUGUGAUGUAGGCGACUGCGUUCGCCAGGGCUAUGAAUAUGUCUGCCAGAGGGACACCGAACAAUGCUACUCAGAUACGGAUUGUCCCAGUGAAAAGUCAUGCCUCCAAGGACACUGCAGCGAUCCUUGUACAAUGCGUGGUGCGUGUGGUGCGAAUGCGCUCUGCAAAACUGUGCUGCAUCGGCCGCGCUGCUCCUGCCCCAGCUGCCACAUCGGUCGGCCGGAGGUCGAGUGCAAGCUCGAUCCCAAGUGCUCGUCCGAUGAUGGCGAUGCCAAGACCAAGGAGCAAAUCCCAUGCUCCAGCGAUACCGAAUGCCCCGAGACGUUGCAGUGCGGCCAGUACGGUCAAUGCACAGAUCCGUGCAACAAUCCGCUCUUCAUUUGCGAGAGCAACAAGAAGUGCGAGACGCGGCGCCACCAGCCGGUGUGCAUAUGCAAGUCGGGCUUCAUUGUGAACGAGUAUGGCGAACUGACCUGUGCCCCAGAGAAGCGGGAGUGCUAUCGCGACGAUGACUGCGCCUCGAACAUGGCCUGCACGGAUGGCAAGUGCCGGAACCCGUGCAUUGUCCCUCUGGGCCGAGCACCGAUCUGUGCGGAGAACAAGUCCUGUGAGGUGCAGAACCACAAGCCGGUGUGCAUCUGCAUGCGCGAUUGCCAGCCAUCGAUAUCCAUCUGUCUGCGUGAUGCCGGCUGUCCGGCUGGACUGGCCUGCCGCAAGCUGCAGUGCGUCGAUCCGUGCAAGUUUGCCACAUGCGCACCCAACUCGCCAUGCAUUGUCGAGGAUCACAAGCCGAUAUGUAAAUUCUGCCCAGCUGGAUUUAUAGCCGAUGCCAAAUAUGGAUGUCAAAAAGAAAUUGGUUGCGCUUCGAGCCAUGAGUGCCCCUCACAGCAGGCGUGCAUUAAUGCACUCUGCGUGGAUCCCUGCACCUACGACAAUCCCUGCGGCCGCAAUGAGGAUUGCCGUGUCCUGGACCAUCAGCCCUCGUGCUCGGGAACUGGUCGAACUCCUGGCUGUGAACACUGUCCACCAGGGGUUAAUUGCGAUCCCACUACUGGUGCUUGUAUCAAGGCUAAUGUAACAAUAACAACUAUUACUACCAAGAACUCCACAUCUACCAAGAUACCAACGAAACCAAGAACAACAGCUAACCCAAACACGGGCGUCAAAAAGACCCCUACUACUGCAAGGGCCAACACCACCACAACAACCACAACCACCACCACUACUACCACUUCUUCCACUAGCACUGAAUCGAGCACAAUCACAAGCGCUACUAACCAGACCAGUAGGAACCACAGUAAGAAACCAGACACAGAAAGCACCACCUCCCAUACCGAUGCCACAAGGCGGUACCGCGAUGGGGAGAACAAUAUUACCGAUACUCCAACGCCGAGACCCACGAUUCCAACAACCACGUUGCGUGGCGAAGAUACAAGUAGUGGUAAUCAGGGUCGAACCACAUCGCAGCCCAAAAAGACCACGCGUCUGGAUACAUCCAAUGAGGAUUACACAACGGGCAGGCCCCUCGAGCUGCCCACCACGGAGGGCACCACCACUGAGGUGUACGACACCAUGAUUGCUCCACUGGGCAAUACAACAACUGAAAUCUCAUUAAUUAACCCAUGUACAGUAGAUACUAACUGUGCUCCCAACGAGCACUGUAAACUGGGAAAUUGCCGUAAGAAAGAACCGCCGGGUUCACCGAAAACACCUGAACCCUGUCAAUCUAACAACGACUGCAUUGAGAGCGAGGCCUGUUACAUGGGCUUGUGCCAGGAUCCGUGCGAAUUUGCCAAGAUCUGUGCCGCGAGUGCCAAGUGUUCGGCCAAGAGUCAUCGUCCGAUUUGCACCUGCCCGCAGGGCCAUGAGGGCAAUCCGAUGGUCAAAUGUGUGCCCACUCAAACCUCAAUCGAAUGCACUGAUAAUUCCGACUGUGGCGUCACCGAGGCCUGCAUCAAUCAGCGCUGCCAGCAUCCUUGCGAUGUUCAUGAUCCUUGCGCCACGAACGCGAUUUGCAUCAACACCAAUCACGCCGCCGAAUGCAGCUGUGCGGAUGGUUUUCAGGGCAAUGGACUUGUGGGCUGCCAGCCAGCACGCUCCCAUGUCUGCCAAUACAACGAGGACUGUCCGCCGACGAAGCUGUGCGACCGCCUCAACCGUCGCUGCAUCAAUCCCUGCCAAGAGGACUCGUGCGGCGAGAAUGCCGAGUGUAUACCAGUGAAUCACGGCACAGAUUGCCGUUGCCUGCCUGGUUUCCUGGGCAAUGCCUACGUUCAGUGUCUGCCCAGUCAGGGUUGCCGUUCCGAUUCCGAGUGUGACUCGAGUCAGGCCUGCAUCAAUGGCAAGUGCUCCUCGCCCUGCCAGUGCGGAGCAUCGGCUCUCUGCGAUGUGAUCAAUCAUCGUGGAGUGUGCAAGUGCCCGCCGGGCUACAGUGGCAAUCCCCAAGUGGGCUGCAGACCGCCCCAGAACCCGUGCGAGCCCAAUCCGUGUGGCUUGAAUGCCUUGUGCGAGCUGGACAACGGAAAUCCCAUUUGCUACUGCCCCAAGGGUCUCACUGGAAAUCCUUUCAAAAAUUGCAUUCCGGAAGGAGACGAAUGCACCCCGAACCCCUGUGGCCCCAAUUCGGGUUGUCGUCGUGUGGAGGGCAAGCCCAUAUGCUUCUGCCUGCCGGAAUACGACGGGCAACCUCCUGUGAUUCCCUGUCAGCUACCCUCGAAUCCCUGCGACCCAUCACCUUGCGGUCCCAACACUCAGUGCUCGGUACUCAGCAAUGGAUUCUCCAAGUGCACUUGCCUGCCGGGAUAUGUUGAGAGUCCCAACACAAUUCGUGGCUGUGUGGAACCGAUUAACCCAUGCGACCCCAACCCUUGUGGAACUGGUGCCAUCUGUGACUCGUCUCGCCAGCCCGUAUGCUACUGUCCGGACAACAAGAUCGGAAAUCCGUUCAGGCUGUGCGACAAGCCGGCCGUUACGAUUGAAUUGUGCCAGCCAGGGCCUUGUGGCCGAAAUGCUGACUGCUAUGUGGCCGGAAAUCGUGAGGAAUGCUACUGCCGCUCCGGAUAUGUGGGCGAUGCCUAUCAGGGCUGCCGUGAACCCAGUCGCACCGUGUGCGAUCCCAAUCCCUGUGGACCUAAUGCCAACUGUGUGGUGGCCGGCGAUGGACAGACUGCAUGUGUGUGUCCCGACGGCCUAUCCGGUGACCCAACGUCUUUGAUUGGCUGCCACGGCUAUGAGUGCCAGGUCGACGCAGAUUGUCCAAAUAGCAAGGCUUGCAUGGGCUUCCGCUGCUACGAUCCGUGUCCGGGAACUUGUGGCCAGGGAGCUAACUGCCGUGUGGAGGAACAUCACCCUGUUUGUUCAUGCAAUUCUGGAUUAACUGGAAACCCGGGAGUGCGAUGCUAUGCCCUGGACCAUCCCAAGACGAAUCCCUGUGUGCCCAGUCCGUGCGGAAGGAAUAGUGAGUGCAAGCUUCUUAAUAACCGCGCUGUUUGCUCCUGCCUACCUGGAUAUUUGGGAGAUCCUCAGUCCGGAUGUCAGCCUGAGUGCGACAUCAACUCGGAUUGCGGUGAGGCCUUGUCGUGCAUUAAUCAUAAGUGCGUGGAUCCUUGCGCCGGAGCCAUCUGUGGCAUUAAUGCCAUCUGCAAUGUGCGCCAGCACACGCCAGUCUGCCUCUGCUUAGACGGUUUUGCUGGCGAUGCCUUCUUGCAGUGUGUGCCCAUUGGAGUCCUUAAAAACGUAUCGCGUGAUCCAUGUGCCUCAUCGCCGUGUGGACCCCAUGAUGCUUGCUCGAUUUAUGGUGAUGGUGUGGCACUCUGUGAUCCCUGCUUCGGACCCAACGCUCAGCAGAACCCGCGCUGCCGACCCGAGUGCGUAACAAAUUCGGAUUGUCCCUUUGACCGCGCCUGCUUGAGGCAGCGCUGCUUGGAUCCCUGCCUGGGAACGUGUGGACGCAACGCCAUCUGCACUGUAUACGAGCACAACCCGGUUUGUGCGUGUCCCACGGGGCUCUUUGGAAACCCCUACGAACAGUGCACCACGCAGUCCGUAAUUGUGCCAACACCACAGCCCAGCUGUGCGAAGCUGCAUUGCGGUGCCAACGCGGAGUGCAAGCGCCAACAGAGCGGACUGGCCUGCGUAUGCCGUAAGGGAUACUUUGGAGAUCCGCACAUUGGAUGCCGUCCGGAAUGUGUCCUCAACAGCGACUGUCCGGCGGAGAAAGCCUGUCUGAAUUCCAAAUGCGUGGAGGCCUGUUCCGGUGUUUGUGGUAUCAAUGCUGUUUGCCGUGUGGUCAACCAUGCACCGGUGUGCAUCUGUCCGGAGGGAUACAGUGGAGAUGCCUCAAUUGCAUGCAAUCCUUACUACUUGCCCCCUGUGACGCCUCCAGUUAGGCCUCUGCCCUGUGAACCUUCACCUUGUGGACCCAACUCGCGUUGUCUGGCCACUCCUGAUGGUUAUGCUGCCUGUUCCUGCCUGCCAAACUUCAAGGGUGCUCCGCCCGUCUGCCAGCCAGAGUGCGUGGUGAGUUCGGAGUGUGCUCCGAACCAGGCCUGUCUGAAUCAGAGAUGCGCUGAUCCCUGCCCCGGCAUUUGCGGCGGUGGAGCCCGUUGCGAAGUGCUCAACCACAAUCCGAUCUGCUCGUGCGAGCCGAACUUCGAGGGUGAUCCAUUCGUGGCGUGCUCACCCAUCCAGGACCCAGGACGUGAAGUCGACGUGCCAAAGAAUCCCUGCGUGCCAUCCCCUUGCGGACCAAAUUCCAUUUGCCAGAUCAAACAGAACCGUCCCGUUUGCUCCUGUGUGGCCAAUUACAUCGGCAGCCCGCCAUAUUGCCGACCGGAGUGCACGCUGAGCAGUGAGUGUCCCGCAGACAAGGCUUGCAUCCAGGAGAAGUGCCAGAACCCGUGCGCCAAUGUCUGUGGACACAAUGCCCGCUGCACGGUCAUUGCUCACUCAGCCCACUGUAGUUGCGAUCAGGGAUACGAGGGCGAUGCCUUCAUCAGUUGCUCGAAGACCAGUGUGGAGAAACCAGGAGAUGACUUCGAUCCCUGCUACCCGAAUCCUUGUGCUGAAAACGCUGUGUGUACGCCUCACAAUAAUGCCGCUCGUUGUACCUGCAUCGAGCCCUACUUUGGUGAUCCGUACAGUACCGGCUGUCGUCCGGAGUGUAUCUACAACUCGGAGUGUCCCUCGUCGCUAGCCUGCAUCAAGCAACAUUGUCGAAAUCCCUGCACGUCGGCUUGCGGUGCAAAUGCUGAGUGUGCGGUGGUAAACCACCUCCCAAGUUGCAGCUGUUCCCGUGGCUUUGAGGGUGAUCCCUUCGAGGGUUGCAAGCGAGUGCCGAUUGUGGGUCCCGUCAGCGUCUGCGAACCGAAUCCCUGCGGACCCAACAGCAUCUGUCGCACGGUGGAGGGACAUCCUACGUGCAGUUGCCAGGUUGGCUAUUUCGGAGCUCCACCUCAGUGCCGACCCGAGUGCGUGGUCAGUUCGGAGUGUGCCCAGAACCUUGCCUGCAUCAACCAGAAGUGCACGGAUCCUUGUGCCGGAACCUGCGGCUUCAAUGCCAAGUGUCAGGUGAACAACCACAACCCGAUCUGCUCCUGUCCCGCCAACUAUGAGGGCGAUCCGUUCGAACAAUGUGUUCCUAAACCAUCAGAACCGCCACGUAACGUGGAUCCCUGCCUGCCCAGUCCAUGCGGACCAAAUGCCAACUGUCGCAAUAUAAACAACCGAGCCGAGUGCUCUUGUGCCGCUGGAAUGUUUGGAGCUCCGCCCAACUGUCGACCGGAGUGUGUGAUUAACCAGGAUUGCCCAUCGAACCGGGCUUGCAUCCGACAGCGUUGCGAGGAUCCUUGCAUCGGCAUCUGUGGCUUUAAUGCUCAGUGCUCGACGCAGAACCAUCAGCCAACGUGUAGUUGCAUCGAAAGUUUUGAGGGUGAUCCGUACACUGCCUGCCGAAUGCGAGAGAUCGUGGUACCAGAUCCACCCUCCGACCCAUGCUAUCCAUCGCCAUGUGGUGCUAAUGCCAUUUGUCGCGUCCGUAAUGGAGCCGGCUCCUGCAGCUGCAUCCAAAACUAUUUCGGUGAUCCGUACAUCAACUGCCGACCGGAGUGUGUUCAGAAUAGCGACUGUCCCGGCAAUCGGGCUUGUAUAAAUAUGAAGUGCCGAGAUCCCUGCGCCAAUGCCUGCGGAUUCAAUGCAAUCUGUCGGGUGGCCCAUCAUCAGGCCGUAUGCAGUUGCGAGCCAGGCUUCACUGGCAACCCUCUGCGCGCCUGUGUCGAGAGACCCUCAAACAUGUAUCUGCCCCUGCCCCCUGACCCAUGUAGACCCUCGCCUUGUGGCCUGUUUAGUACUUGCCAUGUGGCUGGGGACCGACCAGUGUGCGCCUGCUUACCAGACUAUAUGGGGGCUCCGCCCAACUGCAAGCCCGAGUGCAUGACCAGUGCCGAGUGCCCCUCGGAUAGGGCCUGUAUCAAUCAACGCUGUAAAGAUCCGUGUCCCGGUACAUGUGGCUACAAUGCCCGCUGUCGAUGCACCAACCACUCGCCCAUCUGUAGCUGCUACGAUGGGUAUACAGGAGAUCCGUUCCAUCAGUGCGUGCCCGAAAGAAAACCAACGCCCAUACCCGAUCCUAUUGUACCGCCGAAUCCCUGUGUGCCAUCGCCUUGCGGUCCGAACUCGCAGUGUCAAGUUUCCAGCAGCGGAGCGGUCUGCUCCUGCGUGGCCAAUUACAUAGGACGCCCGCCUAGCUGCCGGCCAGAGUGCAGCAUCAAUUCCGAGUGUCCGGCCAGGAUGGCGUGUGUGAAUGCACGUUGCGCCGAUCCAUGCAUUGGGUCGUGUGGCAACAACGCCCUUUGCCAUGUCAGCCUUCAUGCUCCGGUUUGCAUGUGCGAGCCCGGCUACUCUGGUGACCCCUUCUCCGGUUGCUACAAGAUCAUUGAGACCCCGAUCGAAGUGAUCCAACCCUGUCGUCCCAGUCCCUGCGGUUUGAACGCCUUGUGCGAGGAGCGGAAUCAAGCUGCCUCAUGCAAGUGUGUGCCCGAGUACUUUGGCGAUCCGUAUGUCGAGUGCCGACCCGAGUGCGUCAUUAACUCUGACUGUCCCCGGUCGAGGGCAUGCGUCAACCAGAAGUGCGUGGAUCCGUGUCCAGGAAUGUGCGGUCACAGCGCUCAAUGCGCGGUCUUUAAUCAUGCGCCCAAUUGCGAAUGUCUGCCGGGUUACACGGGUAAUCCCAUCGUCGGUUGCCACCUGGUGCCCGAGGCACCACGCUAUCCCGACCCCAUAGUGCCCGAAAACCCUUGCCAACCCUCGCCAUGUGGCCUCUACAGCAACUGUCGUCCGGUCAACGGUCACGCAGUCUGCUCCUGUGUGCCCAACUAUAUUGGCUCUCCGCCCAACUGCCGGCCCGAGUGCAUGAGCAGCUCGGAGUGCUCGCAGGACAAGUCGUGUGUCAACGAACGCUGCAAGGACCCCUGUCCCGGUACCUGCGGCAACAAUGCCCUCUGCCGUGUGGUCAACCAUAACCCCAUCUGCUCCUGCAGUCCCGGCUACAGCGGUGAUCCGUUCGUGCGCUGCUUCCCGCAAGAGAAGCGACCCAUCGUCCACGAAGAUCCGUGCGUUCCAACGCCGUGUGGACCGAACUCUCAGUGUCGGGUGUCGGCGGCCAAUGAGCAGGCGGUCUGCUCAUGCUUGCAACAUUAUGUGGGUAGGGCGCCAAACUGCCGGCCGGAGUGCACAUCGGACUCCGAGUGUCCGGGCAAUUUGGCCUGCAUAAAUCUGCGCUGCCGGGAUCCGUGUGUCGGUACCUGCGGCAUCCAAACCACCUGCCUUGUAAAUAAUCAUAGACCCAUUUGCCGCUGCCUCGAAGGUUAUGCCGGGGAUCCAUUCUCAGAGUGUAGUCCGAAGAUUAUUGUCCCGCCAGAGGUGGCACAGCCCUGCAACCCAAGUCCCUGCGGAGCCAAUGCCGUGUGCAAGGAGCGCAAUGGCGUAGGCUCUUGCCUGUGUCUGCCGGAGUAUAAUGGAGACCCGUACACCGAGUGCCGCCCGGAGUGCGUGCUUAAUAGUGAUUGCUCGAAGAACCGUGCUUGCCUGAACAACAAGUGCCGCGAUCCCUGUCCAGGAGUCUGUGGCGUCUCCGCCGAGUGCCAUGUCAUCAACCAUGCCCCCAGCUGCAGUUGCCCCUCCGGAUACACGGGCAAUCCUUCGCAGUACUGUAGGGAGUUACCAAAAUUGGCCCCACCCGUGGAAGCAUGUCGUCCAUCACCCUGCGGUCCCUAUAGCCAGUGCCGUGAGGUGAACGGUCAUGCGGUCUGCUCUUGUGUUACCAAUUAUAUUGGAACUCCGCCCGCCUGUCGGCCAGAGUGCUCGGGUAGCUCCGAGUGCUCCCAGGACAGAGCGUGUGUGAAUCAACGCUGUGUGGACCCAUGUCCCGGCACCUGUGGCAACGAGGCCAUCUGCAAGGUGACCAACCACAAUCCCAUCUGCUCGUGUCCCGCCGGAUACAGCGGCGAUCCGUUCGUACGCUGUGCCCCCUGGCAGGAGGAGCCCGAGCAUCCCAAGUCGAAUGAGAAUCCCUGUGUUCCGAGUCCCUGCGGUCGAAAUUCCCAGUGUCGUGUUGUGGGCGAGACGGGUGUGUGCUCCUGCCUGCCGAAUUUCGUGGGCAGGGCGCCAAACUGCCGCCCAGAGUGCACCCUUAAUACCGAGUGCCCGGCCACCUUGGCCUGUAUUAACGAGCGCUGUCAGGAUCCCUGUCCGGGAUCGUGUGGCUUCAAUGCCUACUGCAGUGUGGUGAAUCACUCACCCGUCUGCUCCUGCGACAAUGGUUUCACUGGUGAUCCCUUCGCUGGCUGCAAUCCGCAACUUUUGCCCGAGCCCGAGGAGCGCCUGACGCCCUGCCAACCUUCGCCCUGUGGCCCCAAUGCCGAGUGCCGCGAACGCAACGGUGCCGGCUCCUGUACGUGCCUGCCGGAGUAUUUCGGUGAUCCGUACAGCGGCUGUCGUCCGGAGUGCGUGGUGAACAGUGAUUGUUCGCGCGACAAGUCGUGCGUCAACCAGAAAUGCGUGGACCCCUGUCCAGGUGUUUGUGGCCUGAACGCCGAGUGUCGUGUGUCCAAUCAUCUGCCCAGCUGCUCUUGCCUGGCAGGCUACACUGGAAAUCCGUCGAGUGCGUGCCGUGAAAUACCCCAGUUACCCCCGCCACCCGAACGGGAUGAGCAUCCCUGUAGACCCUCGCCCUGCGGCCCAUACAGUCAGUGCCGUGAGGUCAAUGGCCAUGCCGUGUGCUCCUGCCUGCAAGGCUUUGUUGGUUCAGCACCGAGCUGCCGGCCCGAGUGCAUCAUUAGCUCGGACUGUGCCCAAGAUCUCAACUGUCAGAAUCAGAAGUGCGUGGACCCGUGUCCGGGCACUUGCGGCAUCGAGGCCCGGUGCCAGGUCAUUAACCACUACCCUGCAUGCUCCUGUGCCCCAGGUUUUACCGGAGAUCCCUUCAAUCGAUGCACUAAGAUAUUGUUGGAACCCACACCCGCGGAAAAGUCCGGUAAUCCCUGCAUCCCCUCACCGUGCGGACCCAACUCGAAAUGCAUCGAUGUCCGCGGUUCACCUGCAUGCUCCUGUCUGCCCGACUACCUUGGCCGUCCGCCCAACUGCCGGCCCGAGUGCCUCAGCAGUGCCGACUGCCCGGCGAAUCUGGCCUGUGUUAACCAGCGCUGCACGAAUCCAUGCAUCGGCGCCUGCGGCCUCAACUCCGUCUGCACGGUCAUUAAGCACCGGCCGACAUGCGAAUGUGUGCCUGGUUACACCGGAGAUCCCUUCUCGGGCUGUGCGAUUGUACAGCAAAUUACGCCCUCGGAAGAGCCCAGAAAUCCUUGCAAUCCCAGUCCCUGCGGUGCCAAUGCCAUCUGUCGGGAGCGCAACGGAGCUGGCUCCUGCGCCUGCCUGCCAGAGUACUUUGGAGAUCCGUACAGCGGCUGCCGGCCGGAAUGUGUCCAGAACGAUGACUGUGAUCGGUCGCGAGCCUGCAUCAACAACAAGUGCCAGGAUCCAUGCCCCGGGGCCUGUGGCAUUAAUGCCGAGUGCCGGGUCUUGAAUCAUGGUCCCAAUUGCAACUGUUUCGAUGGCUAUACCGGAGAUCCGCAUCGUGCUUGCUCACUCAUCGAGGUGGUCACCCGCCGGCCAGAGAAUCCAUGCCAGCCAUCGCCCUGCGGACCAUACAGCCAGUGUCUAGACACCAACAGCCAUGCCGUGUGCAGCUGCCUGGAGGGUUACAUCGGAGCCCCACCCAGCUGCAAGCCGGAGUGUGUAGUCAGCUCGGAGUGCCCACAGAACAGGGCUUGCAUCAACCAGAAGUGCGAGGAUCCGUGCCGCGGCUCGUGCGGCAACAAUGCCAAGUGCCAGGUGGUGAACCACAACCCCAUAUGUACCUGCCAGCCCGGCAUGACGGGAGAUCCCAUCUCGGGAUGCCUGCCCACCGAAGCUGGCAAGACCUCGGACAACCCGUGCGUGCCAUCACCAUGCGGACCGAACGCCAAUUGCCGUGUGAUUGGCAACCAGGCAGCUUGCUCCUGCCAGACCAGCUUCAUCGGACGUCCGCCCAACUGCCGGCCGGAGUGUACAAACAACGAUGAGUGCCAGAACCAUCUGUCCUGCCAGAACGAACGCUGCGUCGAUCCUUGUCCCGGUUCUUGUGGCAACAACGCCAUCUGCCAGGUGGUGCAGCACAAUGCCGUCUGCACCUGCGCCGAUGGAUAUGAAGGCGAACCCCUCUUUGGCUGCCAACUCAUCCCAGCUGUGCUGCCCACAGAGCCUCCGCAAUCCCCAUGCGAACCAUCACCCUGCGGCCCGCAUGCCGAGUGCCGAGAGAGGAAUGGAGCCGGCGCCUGCUACUGUCACGACGGAUUCGAGGGCAAUCCCUACGAUGCUCAGCGUGGAUGCCGACGCGAAUGUGAGACCAACGACGAAUGCUCCCCGGCCCAAGCCUGUGUGCGUUUCAAGUGCGUCGAUCCCUGCGACAACAUCUGUGGAGACUAUGCCAUUUGCACCGUGGACAAGCAUGUGCCCACAUGCAACUGCCCGCCGGGAUACACAGGAGAUCCGUUCUUCAGCUGCAAGCCGGUGCCAGUUACCCCCCGACCGCCUCUGAACCCAUGCAAUCCCUCGCCCUGCGGACCCAACAGCAACUGCCGGGCCAUGAACAACCAGGCGGUGUGCUCCUGCCAGUCAGGAUUUGUGAACCAGCCGCCCAACUGCCGACCAGAGUGUGUGGUCAGUGCUGAGUGCGCACCGGAAAGAGCAUGUGUGAGAAAUCAAUGCGUGGAUCCGUGCCUGCACACCUGCGGCAUUCGUGCCAUUUGUAGCACCAAAAACCACAGUCCUAUCUGCACUUGUCCGCGCGGCAUGACCGGAGAUCCGUUUGUGCAGUGCACUAAGGUGGCCAUCACUACUCCUGGAACAACACCAUCACCGCCACCGGCAUCCUGUGUACCCUCGCCCUGUGGACCCAAUGCCAAGUGCCAGAUUGUGGGCAACAGCCCGGCCUGCUCCUGCCUACCCAACUAUAUUGGAGCGCCACCUCGCUGCCGACCGGAAUGCGUUCUCAACUCUGAAUGCGGACCCACGGAGGCGUGUAUCAACCAGAAGUGCGGUGAUCCCUGCUCGGGCUCCUGCGGAUUCGAGGCCAAGUGCCAUGUGCUUAACCACCUGGCCAUCUGCAACUGUAUCGAGGGCUACGAGGGUGAUCCCUUCGUGCGCUGCACCAAGACACCAGAGGACAGACACACAGACGUCGUGAAUGACCCGUGCAAUCCUAGUCCUUGUGGCCAGAAUGCCGACUGCUUUGCAGGAGAGUGCCGCUGCCAGAAUAAUUACCAAGGAAAUCCCUACGAAGGCUGCCGGCCAGAGUGCACUCUGUCGGCGGAUUGUCCCAGAGACAAGGCCUGUACCCGGAACCGCUGCGUGGAUCCCUGCCCCGGUGUCUGCGGCAACAAUGCAUUGUGCGAGGUCAUGAACCACAUUCCGGUGUGCUCAUGCCUCCAGGGCUACGAGGGUGAUCCGUUCACCAGCUGUCGCGUGAAGCCUGUCGUCGAAGAUCCCAUUAUUGAGGCCUGCAACCCGUCUCCAUGUGGCUCCAACAGUCAGUGCCGCGAUAUUAACGGACAUGCGGUUUGCUCGUGCCUGGAGGGCUACAUCGGUGCUCCGCCGCAGUGUCGGCCCGAGUGCGUAGUUUCCAGCGAGUGCUCCGCCCUGCAGGCUUGCGUUAACAAGAAGUGCGUAGAUCCCUGCGCUGCGGCCUGCGGACGCGAGGCCCGCUGUGAGGUCAUCAAUCAUAGUCCCAUUUGUGGCUGCCCACCUGGUCGAACUGGUGAUCCGUUCAAGCAGUGCGUGGAGAUUGUCAUACCACCGGAUGUGAAGAAUGUCGAUACCACUGAUCCUUGCACGCCCUCGCCCUGCGGACCUAACUCCAUCUGCAAGCCGGAUAGGAAUGGACCGGUCUGCCAGUGCCAGCCCGAGUUCUUUGGCACGCCACCCAACUGCCGGCCCGAGUGCAUCAUCAAUCCGGAUUGCCUGUCCACGCAGGCCUGCAUAAACAACAGAUGCAGCAAUCCCUGCCCUGAGUCAUGUGGCACCAACGCCGAGUGCCGCGUUAUCGGACACACGGUGUCCUGUUCCUGUCCUCAAGGCUUUGCGGGAAAUGCCUUUGUCCAAUGCGUACAGCAGCAGGAAGAGCCAGUGAAGCCCUGUCAGCCAUCGCCGUGUGGAGCGAAUGCCGAGUGUAUUGAACGAAACGGAGCUGCUGCCUGUAAGUGUAUCGAUGAAUACCAAGGCAAUCCCUACGAGGGCUGCCGCCCAGAGUGCGUUCUCAGCUCGGAUUGUCCCACGGACAAGGCCUGCAUCCGUAACAAAUGUCAAGAUCCUUGCCCCGGAAUCUGUGGACUGAAUGCCCAGUGCUACGCUGUGAACCAUGUACCUAAUUGUGUCUGCAACGAUGGAUUCACCGGUGAUCCGUUUACAAGCUGUCGCCGUGUGGAGGUCAGCCCUCCGCCACCCGUUGCCGAUCCCUGCGUUCCUUCGCCGUGCGGAGCCAACAGUAAGUGCCGCAUAGCCAAUGGAUUGGCCGUAUGCUCCUGCCUGGAGACCUUUGUGGGUGCUCCGCCGAACUGCAAGCCAGAGUGCACGGUUAACGCCGAAUGUCCCUCGACGAAGGCGUGCCACAAGUUCCGCUGCGCCAAUCCCUGCGCCAAGACGUGCGGCCUGAAUGCCAAGUGCGAGGUGAUCAACCACAACCCGAUCUGUAGUUGUCCAUUGGAUAUGACGGGCGAUCCAUUCGCCCGUUGCUACCCGGCGCCACCACCGCCACCGCCUGGACCCAAGGACGAGCCGGUGAGGCCAUGCCAGCCGUCGCCUUGUGGCCUGUACUCAGAGUGCCGCGUGCGCGAUGACCAGGCUUCCUGCUCCUGCCUGCCCAACUAUAUUGGAGCGCCGCCCAACUGCCGACCCGAGUGCAUCGUAAACACGGACUGUGCUUCGAACCGAGCCUGUAUCGCCGAGAAGUGUCGAGAUCCUUGCGACGGCUCCUGCGGAGUGAACUCGGAGUGCCGCAUUCAGAACCACCUGGCUAUCUGCACCUGCCGUGGAGGCUUCACCGGCGAUCCGUUUGUUCAGUGCGUCGAGGUCAUCAUACCGACGUCACCUCCCCUUCAGAGCGAGGACCCUUGCGACUUGCAGCCAUGCGGAUCGAAUGCCGAGUGCAGGAAUGGCAUCUGUAGCUGCCUGCCGGAGUACCGAGGUGAUCCCUACACCGGCUGUCGUCCCGAGUGCACCUUGAGUACGGAUUGUCCGCCCACCAAGGCUUGCCUGAACAAGAAGUGUGUGGAUCCUUGCCCCGGAGUGUGUGGCCAGAACUCGCAAUGCGACGUCUCCAAUCACAUCCCGAUUUGCAGCUGCCUGCAGGGUUACACCGGUGAUCCGUUUGUCCACUGCCGCCAGGAGACGCCUGUCCCGAAGGAUCCAUGUCAACCCAACCCUUGCGGACCCAACAGCGUGUGCCAAAUAUCUGGACAAGCGCCCGUGUGUGCCUGCCAAGCGGGCAUGCUGGGGUCACCGCCGGCCUGCAAGCCCGAGUGCAUCGUCAGCUCCGAGUGCUCGCUACAAACGGCCUGUGUGAACAGGAAGUGCGUGGAUCCCUGUCCCGGAGCAUGUGGGCAAUUCGCCCGCUGCCAGGUUAUCAAUCACAACCCAUCAUGCUCAUGCAAUUCGGGCUACACUGGUGAUCCGUUUACACGAUGCUACCAGGAGGAACGCAAACCAACACCAACGACUCCAGAGAAUCCGUGCCAACCCUCGCCUUGUGGCCCCAAUUCGGAGUGCAAGGUGUUGAAUGGAAACGCAGCCUGUUCGUGUGCAGCCACCUUUAUUGGAACGCCACCCAGCUGCCGACCCGAGUGCUCCAUCAAUCCGGAAUGUCCGCCGACCAAGGCUUGUAUUCGCCAGAAAUGCUCGGAUCCGUGUGUGAAUGCCUGUGGAUUCAAUGCCCGCUGUAAUGUGGCCAAUCAUCAACCCAUCUGCACCUGCGAUGUGGGCUAUACUGGAGAUCCGUUCACCGGCUGUCAAAAGGAGCAAGAACGCAUUGUCAAUGAGCAGGUGACUCCCUGCGAACCCAAUCCCUGCGGCUCGAAUGCUGUGUGCCGUGAGAGGAAUGGCAUUGGUUCCUGCCAGUGCCUGCCUGAUCACUUUGGUGAUCCGUAUCAGUCGUGUCGUCCGGAGUGUGUUCGGAACUCGGACUGUUCCUCCAACAAGGCGUGUCAGCAGCAGAAGUGCCGGGAUCCCUGUCCAGGCACCUGUGGCACCAACGCCGACUGCAGUGUAACGAACCACUUGCCCACCUGUACGUGCCGCAUCGGAUAUACGGGCAAUCCGUAUAGCUACUGCCAUGUGGAACCGGCCCAACCUAUUCGUUUGGCCGAACCAACUCAGCCCUGUCGCCCCUCGCCGUGCGGUCCCAACUCUCAGUGUCGCGAACUCAACGGUCAGGCUGUGUGCUCCUGCCUGGAACUCCACAUCGGCCUGCCUCCCAACUGCCGACCCGAGUGUGUGUUAAGUACCGAGUGUCCCACCGACAAGGCUUGCAUCAGCCAACGUUGCCAGGAUCCCUGUCCCGGCACAUGUGGCAUCAAUGCCGAGUGCCGGGUUCGCAAUCACAGCCCCCUCUGUCAGUGUCGUCAAGGUUUCACCGGUGACUCCUUUACCCGUUGCUAUGCCCUACCACCACCUCCUCCCAUAAUCGAACGUGUUGAGCGUGAUCCUUGCCUGCCAUCACCAUGUGGCCUGAACAGUCAGUGCCGUAAUGUCCAGGGUGUGCCAUCGUGUUCCUGCCUGCCCGAGUUCCUGGGUGCACCGCCCAACUGCAGACCCGAGUGCACCAUCAGUGCCGAGUGUGCCUCCAAUCUGGCUUGUAUACGGGAAAAGUGUAUCGAUCCCUGUCCAGGAUCAUGUGGGUAUGCCGCCGAGUGUAAUGUGGUUAAUCACACGCCCAUUUGUGUGUGUCCAUCUGGAUUUACGGGUGAUCCGUUUAGCAGUUGUCGUCCAGCCCCUCCCGAACCUAUCCAAAGCGAAUAUGUGGAUCCGUGCAAUCCUUCACCUUGUGGUGCCAAUGCCCAGUGCAACGGUGGAGUGUGCACUUGUCUGGCCGAAUUCCAUGGUGAUCCCUAUUCCGGCUGUCGGCCGGAAUGCGUCUUGAAUUCGGAUUGUGCCAGGGACAAGGCCUGCCUGCGCAGCAAGUGUGUGAACCCCUGUCCAGGCACUUGUGGUGAGAAUGCCAUCUGCGACGUCAUCAACCACAUACCGAUGUGCAGGUGCCCCGAUGGCACUGCUGGCAGUGCCUUUAUCCGCUGCUCCCCCGUGCAGAUUUCAGUUGUAACCAAUCCUUGCCGUCCUUCACCAUGUGGUCCCAACUCGCAGUGCCGCGAGGUUAAUCAGCAGGCCGUUUGUUCGUGCCUUCCCAGCUUCAUUGGGGCUCCGCCCUCUUGUCGUCCGGAGUGUACCUCGAACGCUGAGUGUGCACCCAGGCAGGCUUGUCUGAACCAACGUUGUGGCGAUCCAUGCCCCGGAACCUGUGGAGUGGGUGCCAAUUGUGCCGUGGUCAGUCACAGUCCCUUCUGCACAUGCCCUGAACGGUUCACGGGCAAUCCCUUCAUUCGUUGCCAGCCUCAGAUUGAGCCCAUUCGCGAUGUUGUUCCCACUGAUCCGUGUCGCCCGUCUCCCUGCGGACCAUAUUCCCAAUGCCGAGCUGUGGGAGAAGCCCCCGCAUGUUCCUGUCUGGAAACAUACAUUGGACGUCCGCCCAAUUGCCGGCCAGAGUGUGUGACCAGCUCGGAUUGUGCUAGUCAGCUCGCUUGCGUCAACCAGAAGUGCGUGGAUCCAUGCCCAGAACGCUGUGGCCUCAAUGCCGAAUGCCGUGUGGUCAGCCAUGCGGUGCAGUGCAUCUGCCUGCAGGGCUUCUCCGGAGAUCCCUUCGUGCAGUGCAGUCCGGAAAUCGUGCGAGACAUCGAAAUCCGCACCCCGUGCAACCCCAGUCCGUGUGGAACGAAUGCCGUAUGCCGUGAUCGAAAUGGCGUUGGAUCCUGCCAGUGCCUUCCCGAAUACUCUGGAGAUCCGUAUCAGGGCUGCCGCCCGGAGUGUAUGCUUGACUCGGACUGUCCGUCGAACAGGGCCUGCCAGCAGUUGAGGUGCCAGGAUCCGUGUCCCGGAACUUGUGGUCUCAAUGCCAACUGUCAAGUAGUCAAUCAUCUACCCACAUGCAACUGCCUGGCUGGUUAUGUGGGUGACCCAUACCGCCAAUGCAGUCGUCAGCCGGAACCCCCUCAAAACGAAUACGUCGAUCCCUGCCGGCCCACGCCCUGCGGUCCCAAUUCUCAGUGUCGCGUCUCCAAUGAGCAAGCGGUUUGCUCCUGCCUGCCCCAGUUUGUGGGAACACCGCCUGCCUGCCGACCCGAGUGCACCAUCUCGUCGGAGUGCUCUGCGGAUAAGGCGUGCGUUAACCAGAAGUGCGUGGAUCCUUGCACCCCAAAUACUUGUGGCAGCAAUGCCGUGUGUAGGGUGCGCAAUCACAGUCCCAUUUGCAGUUGCCUCAGCGGCUACACAGGCGAUGCCUUUACGCGUUGCUUCACCAUUCCACCGCCGCCUAUUGAGACCAAAGAUGAGCCCCUGCGAGAUCCCUGUGUGCCCACGCCCUGUGGUCCCAAUUCCGAGUGCCGGAACAUCAAUGGAGUGCCCGCUUGUUCCUGCUUGCCCACCUUCAUCGGCCAGGCUCCCAACUGUCGCCCCGAAUGUACAAUCAACUCGGAAUGUCCCAGUCAGCUGGCGUGCAUCAAUCAAAAGUGUCGUGAUCCCUGUCCAGGUGCCUGCGGUCUCAAUGCUGUCUGCAGUGUCAUCAAUCAUACGCCUCUGUGUGCCUGCAUCGAUGGUUAUAUUGGCAAUCCGUUCACCAACUGUAAUCCCAAGCCUCCAGAACCCACAACGCCACCCGUUGCGGAUGAUCCCUGUAAUCCUUCACCUUGUGGCUCCAAUGCUAUCUGUCGAAAUGGUCAAUGCUCUUGUAUACCGGAGUACCAGGGAGACCCGUAUGUCUCGUGUCGUCCAGAGUGCGUCUUGAACACGGAUUGUCCUAGGGAUAGGGCUUGCGUGCGGAACAAGUGCAUCGAUCCUUGCCCUGGAACCUGCGGCGUGAAUGCCUUGUGCGAGGUCCCCAAUCACAUUCCCAUCUGCCGCUGUCCGGAGCAGAUGGCCGGAAAUGCAUUCUUUGAGUGUCGCCCCGUGGCUCCUGCUAAAAUCCAGAAUCCCUGCCAGCCCUCACCGUGUGGUCCGAACAGUCAGUGCCGUGUGGUGCAGCAGACCGCGGUCUGCUCCUGCUUGACCGACUAUGUGGGCAGUCCGCCCCAAUGUCGCCCCGAGUGUGUUAGCAAUUCCGAUUGUCCAGCCGAUCAGGCUUGCCAGAAUAUGAAGUGCCGUGACCCCUGUCCCGGUACUUGUGGCUUCAAUGCCCUCUGCAACGUGGUUAAUCACAGUCCCUUCUGCCGCUGCCCCGCUGGCAUGUCUGGAAAUCCUUUCGUUAGCUGUCAGCCGAUAAUACAACGCGAGGAGAGACCACAGAAUCCCUGCCAGCCCUCACCAUGUGGACCCAACUCCGAGUGUCGGGUGUCAGGAGACUCACCAUCUUGCUCCUGCCUAGCCGAGUUCAUAGGUGCCCCGCCCAACUGCCGACCCGAGUGCAUAUCCAACUCGGAGUGUCCCACAAACCGAGCGUGCAUCAAUCAGAAAUGUGCCGAUCCCUGCCCUGGUCUGUGCGGUGCCAAUGCCAAUUGUCGGGUGUUCAGUCACACGGCCAUGUGCUUGUGCGACAGUGGCUUCACCGGAGAUCCGUUUAGUCAGUGCAGCCCCGUGAGGGAUGCCCCCAAUGAGAUUCUGCAGCCAUGCAAUCCCAGUCCUUGUGGCGUCAAUGCCAAGUGCGAGGAGCGUGGCGGUGCCGGAUCAUGCCAGUGUCUGCCUGACUACUUCGGAAACCCCUAUGAUGGCUGCCGUCCCGAGUGCGUUCUGAACUCUGACUGCCCCUCGAAUUUGGCCUGUGCGAACCAGAAGUGUAGGGAUCCCUGUCCCGGAACAUGCGGACAGAGUGCAGAGUGUCAGGUGGUGAAUCACUUGGCCACCUGUAAUUGUCUGCCAGGCUUCACCGGCGAUCCGUACAGUCUGUGUCGCAUUAUAGUCGACGAACCACCUCAACGCGUCUAUGUAAAUCCUUGCCAGCCGUCGCCAUGUGGCCCCAACUCCCAAUGCCGGGAGGUUAACGAGCAAGGAGUGUGCUCCUGCCUGCCAGAGUUCAUCGGCAAUCCACCCGCCUGUCGACCGGAGUGCACUAGCAGCUCGGAGUGCUCCGCCGACAAGGCCUGUGUGAACCGCAAGUGCGUCGAUCCCUGUCCAAAUGUCUGCGGCCAACAGGCCGAGUGCCGAGUGCGCAACCACAACCCAAUUUGUACCUGUCUCAGUGGCUUCACAGGAGAUCCCUUCACCCGCUGUUACCGUCAGCCGCCUCCUCCGCCAGUCUUUGUUGAACGCGAACCCCUUGACCCUUGUGUUCCCUCGCCUUGUGGACCGAACUCGCAGUGUCGCGAGAUUCAUGGCACACCGUCUUGCUCUUGCUUGCCCCAGUUCUUGGGUACUCCACCCAACUGUCGUCCAGAGUGUUCCAUUAAUGCCGAGUGUCCGAGUCAUCAGGCCUGCAUAAACCAGAAGUGUCGCGAUCCGUGUCCCGGCUCCUGUGGCCUGAACACGCAGUGCAAUGUGGUCAACCACACGCCCAUCUGCAGUUGCUGGGUGGGUUACAUCGGUGAUCCAUUUAGCGUCUGCAAUCCCGAGCCGCCGCAGCGAAUCCAAGAGCCCUUGCCCCCGGAGGAUCCGUGCAAUCCCUCGCCCUGUGGCUCCAACGCAGUGUGCAACAACGGAGUGUGCUCUUGCCUGCCCGAGUAUCACGGAGAUCCGUAUACGGGCUGCCGGCCGGAGUGUGUUCUGCACACUGACUGUGACCGCAGUCGAGCCUGUGUGCGUCACAAGUGUGUGGAUCCCUGCCCCGGCAUCUGUGCCAGUAACGCCAUAUGCGAGGUUCUUAAUCACAUUCCCAACUGCCGCUGUCCAGAGCGGAUGCAAGGCAAUGCCUUCAUCCAGUGUAGUCCAGUUCCACAACUCGACGUGCCAAAGAAUCCCUGCCAACCCUCGCCCUGUGGCCCCAAUUCUCAGUGUCGUGUUGCCAAUCAGCAGGCCAUCUGCACCUGCAUCUCACCCUUCAUCGGAAGCCCACCUUUCUGCCGUCCGGAAUGUACCACCAACUCGGAGUGUCCCUUGAAUCUGGCGUGUCUCAACCAAAAGUGCAGCGAUCCCUGUCCGGGCGUCUGUGGGCGCAAUGCCCAGUGCCAUGUGACCAACCACAGUCCCUUCUGUCGCUGCCUGGAACGCUUCACGGGCAAUCCUUUCGUCAGCUGCCAGCCGAUCAUUGAGCCGCCAGUACCACCGCCCAGGCAAACCUGCCUGCCCUCACCAUGUGGACCUUAUUCUCAAUGCCGAGAAGUGAACGACUUACCCUCGUGUACAUGUUUGCCGGAAUACAUUGGAGCUCCGCCGAAUUGCCGACCAGAAUGUGUUACCAGCUCGGAGUGUCCCACGAACCAGGCUUGCAUUCAGCAAAAGUGUCGCGAUCCCUGUCCAGGACUCUGUGGACAGGCGGCUAUAUGUCGCGUGAUAUCGCAUACACCAAGCUGCGUGUGUCCCGAGGGCAUGGAGGGUGAUCCAUUCACCAUAUGCACCGAGAGGAGAAUUCAACAGCUUGACCAAUUGGACCCCUGCAAUCCAAGUCCCUGUGGAGUCAAUGCCCGAUGCACCUCUCGCCAGGAUGCUGGUUCCUGCCAGUGCUUGCCCGAGUACUUUGGCAAUCCCUACGAAGGCUGUCGCCCAGAGUGUGUCCUCAAUUCGGAUUGUCCUUCGAACAGGGCGUGUCAACAUCAAAAGUGCCAGGAUCCAUGUCCGGGUACUUGCGGCCAGAAUGCUCUCUGCAAUGUCCUCAACCAUGUGCCCAGCUGUAGCUGCAUCAUUGGCUACUCCGGAGAUCCCUAUCGCUUGUGUCUCCCUGAACCUAUCAAGGAGUACGUGAAUCCCUGUCAGCCUUCGCCAUGUGGUCCCAAUUCCCAGUGCCGUGAGAGCAACGAGCAAGCUAUUUGCUCGUGUCUGCCCGAAUAUGUGGGUGCUCCACCCACCUGCCGCCCCGAAUGCACGAUCUCCUCGGAGUGUUCCAUAGACAAGGCUUGUGUGGGCCAAAAGUGCGUGGAUCCUUGUCCCAACACUUGUGGGGAACACGCCAUUUGCCGGGUGGUGAACCACAGUCCCAUUUGCUCGUGUCGUGCCGGAUAUACAGGCGAUCCCUUCUUCCGUUGUUUCCCUAAGCCUCCGGAACCCGUGGUCCCAGUGCAAAAUACCCCGGUUGAUCCUUGCGUGCCGUCUCCUUGUGGACCCUACUCCCAGUGCCGUUCUCAGGGUGAUGCUCCCGCCUGUUCCUGCCUGGUUGGCUAUUUAGGAGCACCUCCCAACUGCCGACCCGAGUGCCGCAUUAAUGCCGAGUGUCCCAGCAGCCAGGCUUGCAUCAAUGAGAAGUGCAGAGAUCCUUGUCCCGGCUCCUGCGGCUACGGCGCCAUUUGUAAUGUGAUCAAUCACACGCCCAGCUGCACAUGUCCGGCAGGAUACUCUGGUGAUCCGUUUAGUCAGUGUCAACCAGUGCCACCGCCUCCACCAACACCCGUUAAACUUGACGACCCCUGCAAUCCCUCACCCUGCGGACCGAAUGCUCAGUGCAACAACGGAGUUUGCACCUGCAUUCCCGAGUACCAUGGCGACCCUUACAGCGGCUGCCGGCCCGAGUGCAUCACCAGCUUGGAUUGCCCGCGGGAACUGGCCUGUUCGCGUCACAAGUGCUUCGAUCCUUGCCCUGGAACCUGUGCUCCCAAUGCCAUUUGCACGGUCCUCAACCAUGUGCCCAUGUGCACUUGUCCCGAGGGUUAUGCAGGCAAUGCAUUUAUUCAGUGCCAACCCAUACCACCACCCGCCAUUGUCCAGCCCUGCCAACCCUCUCCGUGUGGACCAAACUCUCAGUGCCGCGAGGUUAACCAGCAGGCUGUGUGCUCCUGCGUGUCAGGAUACUUUGGAACACCGCCACUCUGUCGUCCCGAGUGCACAUCGAAUGCGGAAUGUCUGUCUCGACUAGCGUGCGUUAACCAGAAAUGCGUGGAUCCUUGUCCCGGCUCGUGUGGUCGCAAUGCUCAAUGCAGCGUGGUCAAUCACAAUCCCUUCUGUACCUGUCUGCCCCGCUACACUGGCAAUCCCUUCGUGGGCUGUCAGCAGAUCAUUGAACCGCCACAGCAGGAUAUAGUGCCACAGGAUCCGUGUCGUCCGUCUCCUUGCGGACCCAACGCCGAAUGUCGCGCUGCCGGCGAGACGGCCACUUGUUCGUGUUUGGCUGACUUUGUGGGCUCCCCGCCCUACUGCAAGCCCGAGUGUGUGACCAAUUCGGAGUGUCCUUCGAACCUGGCCUGCAUCAAUCAAAAGUGCCGCGAUCCCUGCCCCGGAUUGUGCGGAGUCAGUGCCAUUUGCCGUGUGGUCUCCCACACAGCCAUGUGCAUUUGUGAUGCUGGACUCACAGGGGAUCCCUUCACCCAAUGCCAGCCCAUAGUGGCCGACGUGGAGAUAAUCAAUCCGUGCCAUCCCUCGCCGUGUGGCGCCAACGCCGAGUGCAUCCAGAGGAAUGGAGCUGGUUCCUGCCAGUGUUUGACUGAUUACUUUGGAAAUCCCUACGAAGGCUGCCGACCGGAGUGUGUCUUGAACUCGGACUGUCCCUCAAACCGAGCCUGUCAGCAGCAGAAGUGUCGAGAUCCCUGCCCCGGAAGCUGCGGCCAGAAUGCCGAAUGCAAUGUGAUAAACCACACGCCCAUGUGCAACUGCUUCGCUGGAUAUAUAGGAGACCCUUAUCGCUACUGCAGCCAGCCGCCAGAACCUAUUGUCCAUGAGUAUGUGAACCCCUGUCAGCCGUCUCCCUGCGGCCCCAACUCCCAGUGUCGCGAGAUCAACGAGCAGGCCGUCUGCUCCUGCGGUUCCGAGUUCGAGGGAGCCCCACCCAAUUGUCGUCCUCAGUGUACCUCGAGCUCCGACUGUGCCCCCACCAGGGCGUGUAUUAACUACAAGUGCGUUGAUCCCUGUCCCGGUGUAUGUGGUCAGCAGGCGGUAUGCGAUGUGCGCAACCAUAGUCCCAUUUGUAGGUGUCCCGCCGGCAUGACAGGUGAUCCAUUCGUACGCUGUCUGCCCCGUCCAUCAAUUCCCCCGCCACCGCCCUUGAGAGACGUUGCUCCCUACCGUGAUCCCUGCCUUCCCUCGCCCUGUGGGCUGUAUUCCUCAUGCAGGAAUCAGCAGGAUCAAGCAGUGUGCUCCUGCUUGCCCAAUUACUUUGGCACUCCGCCGCAUUGUCGACCGGAGUGUACCCUCAAUGCUGAGUGUCCGAGUCACCUGGCUUGUAUCGGCGAACGCUGCCGUGAUCCCUGUCCCGGGGCCUGUGGUCAGCAGACCGAGUGCCGAGUGAUCAGUCACAUUCCUAGUUGCGUAUGCCUGCGUGGCUAUGUGGGCGACGCCUUCCUUGCCUGUCACCCGGCGCCACCCCCACCAGUAGUCCGUGAGGAGACCCCCGAUCCCUGCAAUCCCAGCCCCUGCGGCAGCAAUGCCGUUUGCUUCAACCAAGGAGAAUGCAAGUGCCUGGCCGAGUAUCAGGGUGAUCCCUAUGUGUCCUGCAGGCCAGAGUGUGUCCUUAGCUCAGAGUGUCCCCGGCAUCUGGCCUGCAUACAGCAAAAGUGCACUGACCCAUGUCCCGGAACCUGUGGCAACAAUGCCAUCUGUGAGGUGGUCAACCACAUCGCCAUGUGCCGGUGCCCCGAGCGCAUGACAGGCAAUGCCUUUGUGCAGUGUACCCCAGUCAAAUUGGAUGUGUACCAACCCUGUAGUCCUUCGCCAUGUGGCUCCUAUGCCGAGUGCCGUGAGCAGAAUGGCCAGGCGGUGUGCAGCUGCUUGCCCAACUACUUUGGGGUGCCGCCCUCUUGCCGACCCGAGUGUAGCACCAACUACGAUUGUGCCCCCAGUUUGGCGUGCCAGAACCAGCAGUGCGUCGAUCCCUGUCCCGGAGUCUGUGGGGCCUAUGCCGAGUGCCGUACAGUGAGCCACAGUCCGUACUGCAGUUGCAGAUCGGGCUAUACCGGCAAUCCCUUCGUCCAGUGUCAUAGGAUUAUUGAAUCCCAGCGGGAUGUUGUGCCGCAAGAUCCCUGCCAGCCCUCGCCGUGUGGACCGAACAGUGAGUGUCGCCGAGUGGGAGACACACCCUCCUGCUCGUGCCUGGCCGGCUUCUUUGGCACACCACCCAAUUGCCGACCAGAGUGUGUUUCCAAUGCCGAGUGCAGCCUGGUUCAGGUGUGCGUCAAUAACCGCUGCAAGGAUCCGUGUCCGGGUCUGUGCGGCAUCGAUGCCGUGUGCCGGGUCAUCAGUCACAGUGCCAUGUGCUACUGCCAGCCGGGCUACAGUGGUGAUCCAUUCGUCCGCUGUGCACCCAUUCAAAGGGAUCCGGUCGAAGUGGUGCAGCCGUGUAACCCGAAUCCAUGCGGCUCCUUUGCCGAGUGUCGGCAGCAAAAUGGUGUCGGAUCGUGUCAGUGUCUGCCGGAGUACUUUGGCAAUCCCUACGAGGGCUGUCGCCCCGAGUGUGUGCUCGACUCCGAUUGCCCCUCUCAUUUGGCGUGCGUGAACCAGAAGUGCCGUGAUCCAUGUCCCGGAAGCUGCGGCCAAAAUGCCGAGUGCUUUGUGCGCAAUCACCUGCCCACCUGCAACUGCCUGAGUGGCUUUGUUGGUGAUCCGUAUCGCUAUUGCAGCAUUGAAGCCAAACCUGUUCGGGAGUAUGUGAAUCCCUGUCAACCCUCUCCCUGCGGCCCGAACUCUCAGUGCCGCGAACAAAAUGAAGUGGCCACCUGCUCUUGCUUGCCGGAGUAUGUGGGCACUCCGCCGGGUUGUCGACCCGAGUGUACCGUCUCCUCGGAGUGUGCCCUGGACAAGGCCUGUGUCCGGCACAAAUGCCUUGAUCCUUGCCCCGGUGCCUGUGGCACUUUUGCCAACUGCCAGGUGCUGAACCAUGCUCCACUCUGUUCUUGUCAAGCCGGUUACACGGGCGAUCCAUUCACCCGCUGUUACACAAUACCUCCUCCACCCACCCAUAUCCUGUACGACAUUGUGCGCGAUCCCUGCCAACCCUCUCCCUGUGGGGCCAAUGCCCAGUGCAGGGAGUCCCAGGGCCAGGCCAUCUGCUCCUGCUUGCCCAACUACUUUGGCCUGCCGCCCAAUUGCCGACCCGAGUGCAUCCAGAGCUCAGAGUGCCUGUCCAGUCUGGCGUGCAUCAAUCAAAGAUGCGUUGAUCCCUGUCCAGGCUCUUGUGCCUACAAUGCACUUUGCCGCGUCCACAAUCACGUGCCCAGUUGUCUCUGUCCAGUGGGAUAUGUGGGUGAUCCCUUCUCCAGUUGCUACCCUGAACCACAGCCGCCACCCAAGCCCAUUGCCCUCGACGAUCCCUGCAACCCGUCCCCCUGCGGAGCGAAUGCCCUGUGCCAGAAUGGUCAGUGCUCGUGUUUGGCCGAAUACCAAGGAGAUCCCUAUACCGGCUGUCGUCCAGAGUGCGUCUUGAAUGCGGAUUGCCCAAGGAAUCGGGCCUGUGUCCGUCACAAGUGCGUGGAUCCCUGCCCGGGCACCUGUGCUCCGAAUGCCAUAUGUGAUGUGAUUAACCACCUGGCCAUGUGCCGCUGUCCGGACCGAAUGGUAGGCAAUGCCUUUAUCCAGUGCGAGGCACCGUCGCCAGUGUUUGCGGAGCCAGUUGAUCCCUGUUACCCAUCGCCUUGCGGUCCGAAUAGCCGCUGUCGUGUUUCGAACAACAACGCUGUGUGCUCCUGCAUUGAAAAUUACAUUGGCACGCCACCGAAUUGCCGACCGGAAUGUAACCAGAACUCAGAUUGCCUGCCCAGACUGGCCUGCCAGCGGCAGCACUGCAUCGAUCCCUGUCCCGGCACUUGUGGCUUUAAUGCCCUUUGCCAUGUGGUGAAUCAUGCACCGAUCUGCAGUUGUCCGCCAAGGCACAAUGGAAAUCCCUUCCUAGGAUGCUUCCCAGAGCCAGUGCGGCGUGAUGAGAUUGUUCCUGAGCAGCAUCCUUGCCAGCCCUCGCCUUGCGGUCCCUACUCCAACUGCCAGGCCAUUGGGGAUCAGGCUCAGUGCAGCUGCCAGCCGAAAUAUAUUGGAACCCCGCCCAACUGCCGACCCGAGUGUGUGACCAAUUCGGAAUGUCCCUUCGACAAGGCCUGCUUGAAUCAACGAUGUGCCGAUCCCUGCCCGGGCACCUGCGGCUCCAAUGCCAAUUGCCAUGUUAUCAGCCAUACGGCCAUGUGCUACUGCUUGCCAGGCUACACUGGUGAUCCGUUCACCUCGUGCCGCCAGGUCCCAGUAAUUCAGCAAACGGAGGUUAUACAACCCUGCUCACCAAGUCCGUGCGGCGCUAAUGCCAUAUGUCGCCAGGAAGGCCAUGUCGGUUCCUGCCAAUGCCUGCCCGAGUACUAUGGCAAUCCCUACGAGGCCUGUCGACCCGAAUGCGUGACGAAUAACGACUGUCCAGCGGAUAGGUCUUGCCAGCAGAUGAAGUGUCGAGAUCCUUGUCCAGGCGUGUGUACCCUGAAUGCUUUGUGUCGGGUGAUUAAUCACUUGCCGACAUGUCACUGUCUAAGUGGCUUCAUUGGUGACCCCUAUAGUUAUUGCCACGUGCCAGAGAAACCUGUCCUCAAAGAAUACGUUAAUCCCUGCCAGCCUUCACCGUGCGGUCCCUACUCGCAGUGUCGUGAAAAUAACGAUCAGGCCAUCUGCUCCUGCCUGCCGGAGUACGUGGGUGCUCCGCCCAACUGUCGACCCGAGUGUGUGACCAGUUCCGAGUGUCCCCAAGACAAGGCGUGCAUUAGGCAAAAGUGUAGUGAUCCCUGUCCCGGAGUGUGCGGCUCCAAUGCAGAUUGUCGCGUUUUCCAGCAUGCCCCCAUAUGCAGUUGUCGUCCAGGUUUCACGGGCGAUGCCUUUACGCGCUGCUUGCCCCUGCCACCUCCCAGACCGCCUCAGUUGGACGUCUAUCGUAAUCCCUGUCUGCCUUCGCCCUGUGGCCAAUAUGCCGAGUGUAGGGAUAACCAGGGAACUCCCACUUGCACUUGCCUGCCCUCCUACUUUGGCACUCCGCCCAACUGUCGCCCCGAAUGUACCAUCAAUCCUGACUGCCCUGCCCAUCUGUCUUGCCAGCAGCAGCGUUGUCGGGAUCCUUGCCCCGGAGCCUGCGGAUUUAGUGCCCAGUGUACGGUUGUCAACCAUAAUCCGACAUGCCAGUGUUUACCCGGAUUGGUUGGCAAUCCCUUUACAUCCUGUCAUGCUCCACCGCCACCUGCUAGGGAUCCUCCACCUCAAAUCAGUGAUCCUUGUUCUCUGAUCACCUGCGGCCCGAAUGCCGUUUGCCAGCAGGGACAAUGCAGCUGUCUGCCCGAGUUCAUCGGUAAUCCCUUGGUGGGCUGUCGCCCGGAAUGCGUACUGAGCACAGAGUGCGAUUGGAACAAGGCUUGUGUGAGGAACAAGUGUGUCGAUCCCUGCCCCGGAACCUGCGGCUCGAAUGCCAUCUGUGAGGUCCAUAGACACGUGGCCAUGUGCCACUGUCCACCGGGCAUGACUGGCAAUGCCUUUAGCCAGUGCCGACCACUGCCACCACCGGUUCGGGAUGUUAUUGAUCCCUGCCAGCCCUCGCCCUGCGGACCCAAUGCCCAAUGUCGCAACAUUAAUGGCCAGGCCGUGUGCACGUGCCUUCCCGAUUUCAUUGGAGUUCCACCUUCCUGUCGCCCGGAGUGCGUCAGCAAUGCGGAAUGCCCCCUGCACUUGGCUUGCCUGCAGCAACAUUGUCGGGAUCCCUGUCCGGGAGUCUGUGGCCUGAAUGCCGACUGCCGGGUGAUAAAUCACAGCCCCAAUUGUCACUGCAUUUCAUCGUAUACUGGAAAUCCCUUCGUGGCCUGUCACCGAGAGCCACCCCCACCACCCGUGAGGCAGGAUCCCAUUGAUCCUUGCAAACCGUCGCCAUGUGGUGCCAAUGCCGAAUGUAGGGUCCAGGGAAGCAAUGCCCAGUGCAGCUGCCUUGCUGGCUUUAUUGGAACCCCGCCCAACUGCCGACCCGAGUGUGUGUCCAACUCCGACUGCCCCACAAAUCUGGCCUGCCUCAAUCAGAAGUGCCGUGAUCCCUGCCCCGGAGUCUGUGGUUCCAAUGCCGAGUGCUAUGUGAUCAAUCACACGCCCAUGUGCUCAUGCUUGGGCGGCCACCGGGGUAAUCCCUUCAUUGGCUGCCAAGUGGAGCGCGAUGUACCAGAACCACUGAAUCCUUGCGUGCCCAGUCCAUGUGGGGCCAACGCUCUCUGCUCGGAACGGAAUGGAGCCGGAGCAUGCCAAUGCCUGCCGGAGUUUUACGGCAAUCCCUAUGAGGGAUGUCGCCCCGAGUGCGUGCUCAACUCGGACUGUCCCAGCCACCUUGCCUGUCUUAAUCAGCAUUGUCGUGAUCCCUGUCCCGGAACCUGUGGUCCCAAUGCCCAGUGCCAAGUGAGAGAUCACCUGCCGCGUUGCAACUGUCUGGUGGGCUACCAGGGCAAUCCCUACGUGUACUGCAAUAUCCUGCGUGAACCCCUGCCCGAACCUAUACCCACCCGUCCCUGUCAGCCCUCUCCAUGUGGACCUAACUCCCAGUGUCGGGAAUCGAACGGUCAGGCUAUAUGCACCUGUCUGCCCGACUUUGUUGGAUCGCCUCCCGGCUGUAGGCCCGAGUGUACCAUCUCGAGCGAGUGUGACCUGACCCUGGCUUGUGUGCAACACCACUGUGUGGAUCCCUGUCCCGGUGCAUGCGGCAGCAAUGCCCAAUGUCGGGCUAUUAACCACAGUCCGCAUUGCAGUUGCCUGCCGGGCUUCCAGGGUGAUGCCAUCAGUGGUUGCCAGCUCAUACCGCCCAAGAUUAGUUACGAUGCCCCCAAGGAAACCUAUCGCGAUCCCUGCGUUCCCUCUCCUUGCGGCACCUUUGGUCAGUGUCGAGCCCAGGGCAACCAGGCAGUGUGUUCAUGCCUGCCUGGAUACUUUGGAGCUCCGCCCAAUUGCCAGCCAGAGUGUGUGAUUAACCCGGAUUGUGCUCCGCAUUUGGCGUGCAUCAGUGAAAAGUGUCGAGAUCCUUGUCCAGGUUCAUGUGGACUACAAGCCCUGUGCAAUGUCAUCAACCAUACACCCAUCUGCAGUUGUCCGGCAGGCUAUGAGGGAAAUCCCUUCAUCAGCUGCCGGCCAACGCCACCACCGCCAACUCCAGUGCUACGCGAUGCGUGCAAUCCCUCGCCUUGCGGCUCCAAUGCCGUUUGCAGUCCCGGUGGCCAGUGUUCAUGUCUGCCAGACUUUGAGGGAAAUCCCUACGUGGGCUGUCGGCCAGAAUGCGUCCUCAACACCGACUGUGCCAGGGACAAGGCCUGCCAGCGCAGCAAAUGCAAGGAUCCCUGUCCCGGAGCUUGUGGUGUGGGAGCAGUGUGCGAAGUGAGAAAUCACAUUCCCACCUGUAAUUGUCCACCAGGAACCUCGGGCAACGCGUUCGUCCAGUGUACCAUUGUGCAAUCUGCUCCUGUGGAACCCCUGAAUCCCUGUCAACCCUCGCCCUGUGGAAACAAUGCCCAGUGUCGCGUGGCCAAUGGACAGGCAAUUUGCUCAUGCUUGCCGGGAUACUUUGGUGUUCCACCAAAGUGUCGACCAGAGUGCAUCAUUAACUCGGACUGUGCCCCGCAUUUGGCCUGCUUGAAUCAACAGUGUCGCGAUCCCUGUCCCGGAGCUUGCGGGCAGUUCGCCCAGUGUCAGGUCAUCCGUCACGUGCCGCACUGCAGCUGCCCAGCGGGAUACUCGGGCAAUGCCUUCUUCCUGUGCCAGCGAGUGCCAGCGCCACCACCGAUUCAAAGGGAACCCUUGAACCCCUGCUCGCCAUCGCCCUGUGGAGCUAACGCGGAAUGUACUAUCCAAGGUGACCAGGCAGUGUGCAAGUGCCUCAAGGAUUACAUAGGAACACCGCCCAACUGCCGCCCGGAGUGCAUAACUUCUUCGGAGUGCCCCAGUCAGCUGGCUUGCAUAGCUCAAAAGUGCCAAGAUCCCUGUCCAGGGCUCUGUGGCAACGCCUCCAGUUGCCAGGUCAUCAGCCACGUUCCCUCGUGCAUCUGCAUCGCAGACUACAUUGGUGACCCCUACUCUGGUUGCUAUCCCCGGCCGCAGAUCCAGCGGGAGCAGAUCAAUCCCUGCUCGCAGAGUCCCUGCGGCAACAAUGCCGUGUGCCGGGAACGAGGAGGUGCUGGUGCUUGCCAGUGCCUGCCCGAGUACUAUGGCAAUCCCUACGAGGGAUGCCGCCCCGAGUGUGUGCUCAACUCGGACUGUUCGAGCCACUUGGCUUGCUUGAAUCAACAUUGUCGCGAUCCCUGUCCCGGAACCUGUGCCCCCAAUGCCCAGUGUCAGGUUGUUAACCACGUGCCCAGCUGUAGCUGCUAUCCUGGAUAUAGCGGCGAUCCCUAUCGUCACUGCCAUGUGGUCCAGGCAGAACCCAUCAAUGUUGUCCACUUUGAUCCGUGCCAGCCCUCGCCUUGUGGUCCCAACUCUCAGUGCACCGAGUCCCAGGGUCAGGCGGUGUGUCGCUGCCUGCCUGAGUACUUUGGUUCCCCACCUGCCUGCCGACCCGAAUGUACCACUAAUCCUGAGUGUCCCAACGAUAGGGCCUGUGUGUCCAGAAGAUGUACCGAUCCCUGUGUGGGAACCUGUGGUCAGAAUGCCAUUUGCCAGGCCAGUCAGCAUAGAGCUCUUUGUUCGUGUUAUCCUGGCUACACUGGUGAUCCAUUUAUGCGCUGCCUGCCCCUGCCCCCACCUCAGCCUCAGAUUAUCCGAGAUUCCCCAAUUAUACCGCGAGAUCCUUGUAUACCCUCGCCAUGUGGACAGUUUGCCCAGUGCCGAGUGGAGUACGGGCAAGCGAUUUGCUCCUGCCUGGCCUCCUACUUCGGUACUCCUCCUCACUGCCGACCCGAGUGUACCCUAAAUUCAGACUGUCCCAGUCACAGAGCCUGCGUCAAUCAGAGGUGCGUGGAUCCUUGUCCAGGUGCCUGUGGCUUGGCUGCUCAAUGUGAUGUGCUCAACCAUGUGCCCAGCUGUUCGUGCCCUAGAGGCUAUGUCGGGGAUCCGUUCUAUCGCUGCUAUCCAGUUUCGACACCGUCACCCGCCCCUGUAACUGUCGUGGCAGAUGAUCCCUGCCAGCCCUCGCCCUGCGGUCCCAAUGCUCAGUGUGCGAACGGUAUCUGCAGUUGCUUGCCCCUGUACCAAGGUGAUCCCUACGUGGGCUGUCGCCCGGAGUGUGUACUGAGCACCGAGUGCCCGUGGGAUAAGGCCUGCAUCCGCAAUCGUUGCCAGGACCCGUGUCCCGGAACAUGUGGAUCAGGAGCCACCUGCCAAGUGCACAAUCAUGUGGCUCUGUGCCAGUGUCCGGCUGGAUAUCAAGGCAAUCCAUUUGUCUUGUGCCAGCCUACACCGCUCCAGGCCCCCUACUCCGACCCCCAUCCCUGCCAGCCAUCUCCCUGUGGUCCCCAUGGACAGUGCAGGGAAGUUGGCUCCCAAGCCAUAUGCUCCUGCCUGCCUGGUUACUACGGCAGUCCCCCGACCUGUCGGCCGGAAUGUGUGAGUGAUCCCGAGUGUCCGCCGAGUCUGGCCUGUGUGAAUCAAAAGUGCCGCGACCCAUGUCCUGGGGCUUGUGGUUACCUCGCCGAGUGCCGGGUGAUCAACCACAGUCCACAGUGCUUCUGCCCGGUGGGUUACACAGGAAGUCCCUAUGCCCAGUGCCAUUUGAUCAGAGUGGAGCCCAUCCAAGUUCAACGCGAACCCGUCGAUCCCUGCCUGCCGUCGCCGUGUGGUCCGCAUGCUCAAUGCAGCCAUGAGGGCGGCAACGCUGUCUGCCGCUGCCUGCCGGAGUACCUGGGAGUUCCUCCCUACUGCCGGCCCGAGUGCAUAGCCAACAGCGAGUGUCCCAGCGACAGGGCUUGCAUCAAUCGCAAGUGCCAGGAUCCGUGCCCGGGCCUGUGCGGCUUCAGUGCCAUCUGUCGAACCGUCAACCACCAACCGAAUUGUGUUUGUGCCCCCGGUUUGGUGGGCAAUCCCUUCACCUCCUGCCUGCCACCAACUCGACCACAGCCAUAUCCCGCUGUCCCGCCUACAACGGCCAUUGAAGUGCUCCAGUAUGAAGAGCCCUAUGUCAAUCCAUGUGAGCCCAAUCCCUGUGGGGCGAAUGCCCAAUGCAAUCAGCGGGGUCGGGUGGCCUCCUGCGUCUGCCUGCCUGAGUACUUUGGCAAUCCCUACGAGGCCUGUCGACCCGAGUGCAUCCUGAACUCCGAUUGCCCCUCGAGUAGGGCCUGUGUACAGCAAAAGUGUCGCGAUCCGUGUCCCGGUACUUGUGGCCUGAAUGCCGAGUGCUAUGUCCAGGAUCACCUACCGCAGUGUAUGUGCCUCAGAGGUUACACCGGCAAUCCCUUGGCAUACUGUUCACCAGUGGUGCCAGUGGUGCAGCAAUCCCAUGUAACGCAUCUGAAUCCCUGUGAUCCCUCUCCCUGCGGACCCAAUGCCAAGUGCCAUCCCUUGAACAAUCAAGCCGUUUGCUCCUGUCUGCCCGAGUUCUAUGGCAGCCCGCCAAACUGUCAUCCCGAGUGCACCCUGAACUCGGAGUGCUCGUACGACAAGGCCUGUGUCCAGCACAAGUGUGUCGAUCCCUGCCCCGGAGUCUGCGGCAUCAAUGCCGAGUGCCGCGUGCACUACCACAGUCCCAUAUGCUAUUGCAUAGCCACGCACACGGGUGAUCCUCUCACGCGAUGCUACGAGAACCCCAAACAAACACCUGUGAGACCUCAAGUAUAUGACACACCUUCGCCUCCGUAUCCGGUGGCAAUACCUGGUCUAGUGCACAUCCAACAGCCGGUGGGAGUUGUAAAUAUACCCUCCGCUCCGCAGGCUGUACACCCUGCGCCAGUUUACCAUCCAGCGCCGCAGCCUUCGAUUCCCCCACCUGGAGUAGUGAAUAUUCCAUCCGUACCACAGCCUGGAUACCCAUCACCACAGCCUCCGGUUUACGAUGUCAAUUAUCCGUCGCAGGCGUAUCCUGUUCCUCACCAACCUGGAGUUGUAAACAUUCCGUCGGUGUUGCAUCCAGUGCACCCAACUUCCCAGCGACCAGUUUUCAUAACUUCGGCAGUGAAUCCAACUCCUUCACCACAACCUGGAGUAAUUAAUAUACCUUCAGUGCAGCAGCCGAGCUAUCCUACACCUCAGACUCCUGUUUAUAAUGUGAAUUAUCCACCAACACCGAUACCCCAACAACCCGGUGUGGUGAAUAUUCCAUCCCUGCCUCAGCCAGUACAUCCAACUCCGAAUCCGCCAAUAUAUGACGUAAACUAUCCAACGACACCUGCGCCAGUUCCCCAACAACCUGGAGUAAUCAACAUUCUUUCGGUGCCACAGCCAAUACCGGCGUCACCCCAACCUCCUGUGUUUAUACCAACACCUGAGAGGCCGACACCACUUCCUAAACCAGGAGUAAUUAAUAUUCCCUCAGCACCACAGCCAGUGCAUCCUUCACCAAAUCCACCAGUCUACGACAUUAACUAUCCUACGCCGCCUGCGCCAAUACCCCAACAUCCAGGAGUGGUGAAUAUUCCUUCUGUGCCUCAGCCAGUACAUCCAACUCCAAAUCCCCCGGUCUAUGACGUAAACUAUCCAACGACACCUGCUCCAGUACCCCAACAACCUGGAGUGAUCAAUAUUCCUUCGGUGCCUCAGCCAAUACCGGCGUCACCUCAACCUCCUGUGUUCAUACCAUCACCUGAGAGGCCGACACCAGUUCCUAAACCAGGAGUAAUUAAUAUUCCUUCAGGACCACAGCCAGUGCAUCCUUUACCAACUCCACCUGUUUAUGACGUUAACUAUCCAACGCCCCACUAUCCGGUACCACAACAACCUGGAGUAGUAAAUAUUCCGUCGGUACCGCAGCCAACUCCUCCAGUUUCCCAAAGACCUGUGUUCUUGCCGUCGCCAAACACGACACCUGCCCCCCAACCAGGUGUGGUUAAUAUACCUUCUGUGCCACAGCCUGUGUAUCCGACGCCACACACUCCGGUGGUACAGCGUCCAGCCAUAUAUGAUGUUUACUAUCCACCACCACCGGCCAGGCCAGGUGUGAUAAAUAUUCCAUCGCCGCCACGACCCGUAUACCCGGUUACCCAGCAGCCCAUCUAUAUACCAGCUCCAGUUCCAGUGCCAAAUCCACCUGCCCCUACGCCAGGCAUAGUUAAUAUUCCAUCGGCGCCACAGCCAACUUAUCCACCACAAAAUCCACCGAUUUACGAUGUCAGCUAUCCAACACCACAGCCAACUCCUCCAGCCUCGGGAAUAAUUAAUAUUCCUUCGGUGCCUCAACCUGUGCCACCACCAACUCCUGGUGUGAUCAAUAUUCCAUCGCAGCCAUCUCCUCCGAACUCAACACCGAGACCUGGAGUUCUAAACAUUCCAUCGGCGCCACAGCCGACUUAUCCACCACAAAAUCCACCGAUUUACGAUGUCAGCUAUCCAACACCACAGCCAACUCCUCCAGCCCCGGGAAUAAUUAAUAUUCCUUCGGUGCCUCAACCUCCAACUCCUCCAGCCCCGGGAAUAAUCAAUAUUCCCUCAGUGCCACAACCUGUGCCAUCGCCAACUCCUGGUGUGAUCAAUAUCCCAUCGCAGCCGUCUCCUCCAAUCUCGACACCGAGACCAGGAGUUCUAAACAUUCCAUCGGUGCCACAUCCAACUUAUCCACCUCAAAAUCCACCGAUUUACGAUGUCAGCUACCCAACACCACAGCCAACUCCUCCGGCCCCGGGAAUAAUCAAUAUUCCUUCGGUGCCUCAACCUCCGACUUAUCCACCACAAAAUCCACCGAUUUACGAUGUCAGCUAUCCAACACCACAGCCAACUCCUCCAGCCCCGGGAAUAAUCAAUAUUCCUUCGGUACCUCAACCUGUGCCAUCGCCAACUCCUGGUGUAAUCAAUAUCCCAUCGCAACCAUCACCAGCGAUCCCAACACCGAGACCUGGAAUUAUCAACAUACCAUCGCUGCCACAACCCAUACCUUCAACGCCUCAAAGGCCUAUUCAAGAGAUCGUUCACUACGACACUCAGAGGCCGCAGCCAGUUUCUGGAGUGAUUAAUGUCCCAGCACGACCACAUUACGACGUGGCAAGGCCGGCGUUUGAGUUUAAUCCAUGUUAUCCAUCGCCUUGUGGUCCCUACUCGCAAUGUCACAAUCGUUUUGGAGCUGCAGCUUGCGUCUGCCUGCCCAACUACCGAGGAACGCCGCCCAAUUGCCGACCAGAGUGCGUUGUGCACUCUGAUUGCCCCACGCAUUUGGCCUGCAUCAACCAAAAGUGCCGUGAUCCGUGCCCAGGAACUUGUGCCUACAACGCAGUGUGCCGUGUCCACGAACACAUGCCCAAUUGCUUCUGCCAACCGGGCUACACUGGAAACCCAUUCGAGUCGUGCCAACCCAUGCCGAUAACCACUGUUCAACGUGAGCCCACGGCAGUGCAGGAUCCGUGCUACCCUUCGAGAUGUGGACCUAAUGCGGUAUGCAACAAUGGAAAGUGCAGCUGCAUUCCGGAAUACCGAGGAGAUCCCUACGUGGGCUGCCGCCCGGAGUGUGUUCUCAACACGGACUGUGCCAGGGACAAGGCGUGCAUUCGUCAGAAGUGCCAAGAUCCCUGUCCAGGAACUUGCGGGUUGAAUGCCAUUUGCAACGUGUACAACCAUUUGGCCAUCUGCACGUGUCCGGAGCGAAUGCAGGGCGAUGCCUUUGUGAGAUGUGACCCGAUACCCAAGCCCAAACCCACGCCGCCUCGCGAUGAGCCACCCACGACUCUACCGGCCAUUGUGCCGCAGCGAGCUCCCAUAGUUGACCCAUGCCAACCGUCUCCGUGUGGACCCAAUGCCCAGUGUCGCCCCUACUAUGAGCAGGCGAUUUGCUACUGCCUGCCCGACUUUAUAGGCACUCCGCCCGCCUGUCGUCCGGAGUGCACCUCGAACUCAGAUUGUCCCCUCGACAAGUACUGCCUGAAUCUCAGGUGUCGUGAUCCUUGCCCGGGAGCCUGUGGUCUUCGUGCCAUUUGUCAUGUGCAGAACCACAGUCCCCGGUGCGUGUGUCCACCCCACCUAACGGGCAAUCCCCUGCUGGCCUGCCAGCCUAUAGUUAUUCCUCCCGUAGAACGCGACGAAGUGGUUAAUCCCUGCCAGCCCUCGCCCUGUGGUCCGAACUCCGAGUGCCAGGCCACGCCGGCCGGUGCUCGGUGCUCCUGCCUGCCCCAAUAUCACGGCACGCCGCCCUUCUGCCGGCCCGAAUGCAUAAGCAGCGCCGAUUGUCCGGCGGACAAGGCCUGUCGCAAUUACAAGUGCGUCGAUCCCUGUCCUGGCAGCUGCGGCCAGUCUGCCCUUUGUCGGGUGGUGGCCCACAGUCCCAUCUGCUACUGUCCCGAGGGCUAUGUGGGCAAUGCUUACAGCAUUUGUAGGAGACCAGAUCCCAGUCCACCUCCAGUUAGAAUCCAACCUUGCAGUCCCAGUCCAUGCGGGGUCAAUGCCAUUUGUCUGCCCCACAACGAUUGGAGCGUCUGCCAGUGUUUGCCGGGUUACUAUGGCAAUCCAUCGGAGAUCUGCCGACCCGAGUGCACCGUAAACUCGGACUGUCCCAGCCACAGGGCUUGUAUGAAGGAGAAGUGCCGCGAUCCCUGUCCCGGCGUUUGUGGCUUCAAUGCCCAGUGCCAGGUGAUUGACCACAAUCCGGUGUGCGAGUGCCAUCCGGGCUUUGUGGGCAAUCCCUAUCUCAGCUGUCGCUUAGUCCAGCAAGAACCCACCCCUCCGGAGUAUGUGAACCCCUGUCAACCAUCGCCUUGUGGGGCCAAUUCCCAGUGCCGCGAAUCCCAGGGACAGGCCAUCUGCUCCUGCCUGCCAGAGUUUGUGGGCACGCCGCCCUCAUGCCGUCCAGAGUGUGUGAUUAGCGCCGAGUGUCCCGCGGAUAAGGCGUGCAUCAACCAAAAGUGCCAGGACCCAUGUCCCGGGGCUUGUGGUCUGAAUGCCCAGUGCCAUGUGAGGAACCAUAGUCCAUUGUGUUCGUGCCUGCCAGGAUUUACCGGCGAUGCCCUAACCCGCUGCCUGCCAGAGCCGCCACCGAAGCCACCCAAGUCGGAGGAUGUCCGGGAUCCAUGUGUGCCAUCACCCUGUGGUCCGUACUCUCAGUGUCGGGUGGUCAAUAACGGAGCUAGUUGCUCCUGCCUGCCCAACUAUGUCGGAGCGGCGCCCUACUGCCGUCCGGAGUGCACAAUCAAUGCGGAGUGUCCCAGCAAUCUGGCCUGCAUCAACGAGAAGUGCCGUGAUCCUUGUCCGGGAGCCUGUGGCUUUGCAGCCCAGUGUAGUGUCAUCAAUCAUACGCCCAGUUGCUCGUGUCCUGCAGGAUACACGGGAGACCCCUUCACCAGCUGCCGCUUGCAGCCACCACCACAACCACCAAAGACUCCCUCCGAUCCUUGCCAGCCCUCGCCAUGCGGAGCCAACGCUCUGUGUAACAAUGGCCAGUGCUCUUGCCUGCCUGAGUACCAUGGUGAUCCGUACAUCGGCUGUCGUCCCGAGUGCGUUUUGAACUCGGAUUGUCCCCGGAACCGAGCGUGUGUGAACCAAAAGUGCGUGGAUCCUUGCCCGGGACACUGUGCCCCCAAUGCCCUUUGCGACGCCGUCAACCACAUUGCCAUGUGCCACUGCCCCGAGCGGAUGACGGGCAAUGCGUUCGUCUCCUGCUCGCCCAUACGCGAUGAGCCUCCACCAACACCGCCCAAUCCCUGCCAGCCGUCGCCGUGCGGCGCCAACGCCCAGUGCCUGGAGAGGAACGGCAAUGCCAUCUGCUCCUGCCUCACCGGAUACUUUGGCCAGCCACCAAAUUGCCGUCUGGAGUGCUACUCCAGCUCGGACUGCUCCCAGGUGCAUGCCUGCAUCAACAACAAGUGCAUGGAUCCGUGUCCGGGCAAGUGUGGCCUCAACGCCAUCUGCCAGGCCAUCCAGCACAGGGCUCAAUGCGAGUGCAGUCCCGGAUACACCGGCAACGCCUAUGCCCUGUGCAGUCUCAUCCCCAGGAUACCACAAAUCGUACGAGAUCCUUGCCAGCCCUCACCUUGCGGUCCCAACUCGCAGUGCAGGAAUGUGAACGAUCAGGCAGAGUGCCGCUGUCUGCCGGAAUUCCAAGGCACUCCGCCGAACUGCCGGCCGGAGUGUGUAAGCCACGAUGAGUGCGCCAAUAACCUGGCGUGCAUGAACCAAAAGUGCGCCGACCCCUGUCCCGGCAGCUGUGGCCAGAAUGCCCAGUGUCGGGUCACCCUGCACACGCCCAACUGUCAGUGUCCGGCGGGCAUGACCGGUGAUCCCUUCCGUAUUUGCCAGCCCAUACCUCAAAAUAUACCCGCUCCGCCACCGACUCCCAAGAAUCCUUGCUACCCCUCACCCUGCGGCACCAAUGCCGUUUGCCGAGUGCAGGGCGAGAACUACGUUUGCGAGUGCAGCCAGGCGGAGUACAUCGGCAAUCCCUACGAGGGCUGUCGCCCCGAAUGCGUGGGCAACUCCGAGUGCCCGGCCAACCAGGCUUGCAUCCGCAACAAGUGCCAGGAUCCUUGCCCUGGAGUGUGUGGCUUGGAGGCCAUUUGCAGCAUGAACAACCAUAUACCGAUCUGCUCUUGCCCGGCGGGCUACACGGGCAAUGCCUUUGUGCAGUGCACGCGUCUGCUGACCCCGCCACCUCCGUCGGAUCCUUGCUACCCGUCACCCUGUGGACCCAACUCGAUUUGCAGAGUCCAAAGCGAGAAGGCCGUGUGCGAGUGCCUGCCAGGAUUCUUUGGUAAUCCUCUGGCCCAGGGCUGUCGCCCGGAGUGCACUCUGAGCUCGGAUUGCGCCAAGGAUCGGGCCUGCAUCAAUGCCAAGUGCGUGGAUGCCUGCGUGGGAGAGUGCGGAUUCGGCGCCGUUUGUCAGACGAUCAACCACAGUCCCGUGUGCAGCUGUCCGCCCAAUAUGGUGGGCAAUCCCUUCGUGCAGUGCGAACAGCCCCGCCAGGCCGAGCCUGUCGAUCCCUGCCAGCCGUCCCCGUGCCGCAGCAAUGGCAUUUGCCGUGUGCGCAACGGAGCCGCCACCUGCAGCUAUCCGGAGUGCGUGAUCAACGAGGAUUGCUCCAGGGAUAGGGCUUGUGUGAGCCAGAAGUGCCGUGACCCGUGCCUGAAUGCCUGCGGCAACAAUGCCAUUUGUCGGGCCAUCAACCACAAGGCUGUCUGCAGCUGUCCGCCGGACUUCUACGGCUCGCCGUACGCCGAAUGCUUGAGACAGAUCCCAGAGAUUCAGCCCCCCAAGCCGGAAUGCAUCAGUGAUAGUGACUGUACCAAUGACAAGGCCUGCAUCAAUCAGGUUUGCCGCAAUCCCUGCGAACAGUCCAACCUGUGCGCCCAACAGGCUCGUUGCCAUGUCCAACUCCAUCGGCCGUUGUGCGUCUGCAACGAGGGAUACACCGGAAAUGCCCUGCAGAACUGCUACCUAUUGGGCUGCCGAUCGGACGGCGAAUGUGCCGCCACGGAGGCCUGUAUCAAUCAGCAGUGCGUCGAUCCCUGUGGAUUCACCCAGUGCGGAUCGGGAGCCAUCUGCCGGGCGGACUUCAACCACCGAGCCAGGUGCCACUGUCCAGAUGGUUAUCGAGGAAAUCCGCUGGUUCGUUGCGAGCGUCCCGAGUGUCGCUCGGAUGAUGAGUGCGCCUUCCAUCUGGCCUGUCGCAAUGAACGCUGCGAGGAUCCAUGCAACUGCGGCAUUGGUGCCCAAUGCCGAGUGGAUAACCAUCGUGCCCAGUGCCGCUGUCCAGUUGGUUUCAGCGGCAAUCCGGCUGUUAGGUGUGACCUGGUGCCAGCUCAACCCGAGGGCUGCACAAUGGACGCGGAGUGUCCCAGCAAGUUGGCUUGCUUCGGCGGCGAGUGCAAGAACCCGUGUGCGGUCACUCAUCCAUGUGGCGCCAAUGCCAUCUGCGAGGUGGUGGACACCCUGCCUCUGCGCACCAUGAUCUGUCGCUGUGAGCCUGGUUAUGUGGGUGACGCCGACAUUGGAUGUCGUAAAGAACCCGCUCGCGACCAGGGCUGUACCUCGCAUGAUCAGUGCCAGGACACGGAGGCCUGUCGCGCCGGUAACUGUGUCAAUCCCUGCCUGGAUGCCUCGCCAUGUGCUCGCACAGCCCAUUGUUUGGCCCAGCAGCAUCGCGCCAUCUGUAGCUGUCCGCCGGAAACCCAGGGAGAUCCCUUCACCAACUGCUAUCAGCCACCUCAAAUCAUUGCUGGCUGUACCCAUGACUCGGAGUGCCAGGCCAAUGCGGCCUGCAUCAAUCAACGUUGCCAGGAUCCCUGUGCCGAGGCCAAUCCUUGCGCUGGCAAUGCCGAGUGUCGCGUGCAGAACUACCGUCCGAUUUGCUACUGUCCAGCUGGAUGGGGUGGUGACCCCCAGGUUCAAUGCUACAAACCCGAGUGCAAGAUCAAUGCCGACUGUCCAUACGACAAGGCCUGCUUGAACGAGAACUGCGUGAAUCCCUGCACCCACGGCCAGGUGCGUUGCGGAAGCGGCGCCCAGUGCCUGCCCCAGAAUCACCAGGCUGUGUGCAGCUGUCCCGCCGGAACCCAGGGCAAUCCCUUCAUCUCCUGCAUCACGGGUCACUGUCAGUACAACGAGGAUUGUGCCGAUCACGAGGCCUGCGAUCGUCUGAAUCGUGUCUGCCGUCCGGUCUGCGAGCAAGAGACCUGCGCUCUCAAUGCCUUGUGUGUGGGUCGUCGCCAUCAGCCUCAGUGCGAGUGCCGACCUGGUUACCAGGGAAAUCCCUUCGUUCAGUGCGACUUACCACAGCAGACGCCGAAGCCGCAGUGCACCCAAGAUGCCGACUGCCCCUCAAGAUUGGCCUGCAUCAACGAGAGGUGCGCAGAUCCAUGCGCCACUCCACACGUUUGCACGCCGCAACAGACCUGCAACGUACUGGACACCCUGCCACUACGCACCAUGAUCUGCAAGUGUCCCAGCGACACGGUUACCGAUACCUCUGGCAAUUGUGUGGCCAUUAAGCGACCCGCUGUCAGCGUCGGCUGCCAGCACAACUCGGAGUGCGCCAAUCCCGAGGUCUGCUCCAAUGGAAACUGCUUGGAUGCCUGUCGCCUGGAGCGCUGUGGCGUCAAUGCCCAGUGUACCGCCCGAGAUCAUUACGCGCAGUGCAACUGCCCGAAGGGUUACCAAGGCAAUCCACGCAUCGAGUGCUACUCCACGGUGGUGGGAAGGCCUAAGGUUCCCAACCCGAGCUGUGCCCGCGACGACGAUUGCCCCAGGGACCAAACCUGCCGCAAUGAGCUCUGUGUGAAUCCGUGCGCCGCAGACGCUUGUGGAAUCGGUGCAUACUGCCAUGUGCAGAUGCGCAAGGCCAUUUGCCGCUGUCCGCCGGAUUACACGGGUCAUCCUGAGGAUCGAUGCAUACCACCUUCCGGCGUGAUAACCGUGGGCUGCAAGUCCAGCGCCGACUGUCCCUCCACCGAGGCCUGCAUCAACACCCAGUGUGUGAGCCCCUGCAAUUGCGGACCGAAUGCCGAGUGCACCGUGAAGAACCAUCAUCCGAUCUGCUACUGCAAGCCUGGAUUCUCGGGCAAUGCUCAGUUUGGCUGCGCUCCCAUUGGCUGCCAGUCGGACGACGAGUGCAGCGGUGAUAAGCAGUGCCUGAACCGUGAGUGCGUCAAUCCCUGCCUGGUUACGGAUCCCUGCGCGCUGAAUGCCGAGUGCUUUGGACGAAACCAUCGCGCCAACUGCCGCUGUCCCGUGGGAUUGGAGGGAGAUCCGUUCGUGCGUUGUCUGCGUUUGGAAUGCCACUCUGACUAUGACUGCGCCUCCAACCUGGCCUGCGUGGCCAACCAGUGCGUGAGCCCUUGUGGCCAACAGAAUCCUUGUGCGCAGAAUGCCCAAUGCCAAGCACUGCAGCAUCGCGCUGUCUGCCGCUGCCCGGAGCACCUGCCCCUGGGCAACCCAUACUCCUACUGCGAGCCGCGUUUGGCUGAGCCAGUGUGCCGAGAUGACGGCGACUGCCCCAGCGGUCUGGCCUGUAUCGAUGUCAAGUGCCAGAACCCGUGUACGGAGCUAUCGCCAUGCGCCCGGACCGCCCAGUGCAGCGUCUUGGACAGCGUCCCAGUGCGAACUAUGGUCUGUGAAUGUCCCGAAUCUCAGGUGCCCGAUGCCAGUGGUGAGUGCCGACAGCUGGUGCUGCCCAGCCCGCCGGGCUGUGAGACCGACCAGGACUGUCCCGACCAGGAGGCCUGCAUCCACCGACAGUGCCGCAACCCGUGCAACUGCGGCACCAAUGCCAUCUGCCAAGUGACACAACACCGCGCUGUAUGCAGUUGUCAGGACGGCUUUGAGGGCAAUCCCUAUGCGUCCUGUCGUUCCAUCGGCUGCCGCGUCGACAGCGAGUGCGACUCGGGCAAGGCCUGCAUUAAUGGAGACUGCAUCAAUCCCUGCCUGAUCAACGAUCCCUGCGGCCCCAAUGCCGAGUGCUACGUUCAAGCGAACCGUGCCCAGUGCCGCUGCCUGAGCGGCUACCGCGGUAAUCCCUACGAGCGUUGUCGCGUCAUCGGUUGCAGCAGCAACAACGACUGCCCCACGGACAAGACCUGCCAGAACGAGCAGUGCGUAAACCCCUGUGUCUACCACAACCCGUGUGCCCCGCGUGCCGAGUGCCGAGCCCAAAAUCACCUCGCCGUGUGUCGCUGUCCCGCCGACUUCCUGGGCAAUCCCUACGUCGACUGCAGGCCGCCGCCGCAACCCGUCUGCCGACUGGACACCGAUUGUCCUGCCCGCCAGGCCUGCAUCAACGAACAGUGCGUGGAUCCCUGCCUGGUCCUGGAGCCCUGCCAACGGCCUGCACAGUGCCAGGUGACUCCAACGUCGCCGGUACGCACGAUGAUCUGUAUCUGCCCCGAUGGCUACAUCAGUAGCGGCAGUGGAAGCUGCAAGCCUACGACAGGAAUCACCAAGGUGGGAGGCUGCAUCUCGGACUCGGACUGUCCGGCAGAUAAGUCAUGCCUGAACGGCGUCUGCCGGGAUCCCUGCAACUGCGGCCUGAAUGCCGAGUGCCGAAUCAAGGACCACAAACCGGUGUGCACGUGUCGCCAGGGCUAUGAGGGUAACCCCGAGUUCGAGUGCGCCAAGAUCGAGUGCAGCAUCAACUCGGACUGUCCCGGUACCCAUGCGUGCCGCAACCAACUCUGCGUGCCCGCCUGCCAGGGCGAGCAGUGCGGAACCAACGCCCAGUGCCUGGCCAUAGAGCAUCGGGCCGUCUGCGAGUGCAUACCAGGACAUGGUGGAAACGCCAGGAUUGCUUGUACUCCCCUGGGCUGCCGCGCCGACGACGAGUGCCCCCUGGACAAGGCAUGCGUGAAUGGCAAGUGCAUUGAUCCGUGCGCAACGACUGCGAUCUGUGCCCAGGACGAACUGUGCAAGGUGUACCAGCACCGGCCGCAGUGCGCCUGCCCGCCGGGUACCGUGCCUGGCAGGAAUGGCUGCGAGUCGGAGCGCCAUGUGCCCAUCUGCAUCAGCGAUGCGGACUGUCCCAGCCAACGGGCCUGCCUUCGCGGCGAGUGCGUGAAUCCCUGCAAUGCAACCCAGCCCUGCGGAGUCAAUGCCGAGUGCCGCGUCCGAGACACGUUGCCCGUUAGGACCAUGAUCUGCGAGUGCCUGGAAGGCUACACCGGCAAUGCGGCCGUGCAGUGCGACAAACGAUCCCUGUGCGUCAUCGAGAAGGGCUUCGUCCGGGACGUGGACGGACAGUGUGUCUGCCCGCCCGGCACUGCCUUGGACAUCUAUGAGUACUGCACUCCCUGCCAAGUGGAGCAGGGCUUCCGCAUCGACGAGAGCGGUCACUGUGUGUGCGCCCUGGAGCGCGGCAUGGUGAUCGACGAGCGCGGACGCUGCACUUGCCCCAUUGACCUGGGCUACCGCCUAACGCCUCGCGGCGAAUGCCUGCCCGAGGAGCCACCAGAGUGCACCAGCAAUGAUCAGUGCGCAGACAACCGCUUCUGUAACCUGGACACCAAGACCUGCGAGGAUCCCUGCCUGACCAAGGUGUGUGGAGUGAAUGCCUUCUGUAAUGUCGUAAACCAUCGUGGUCAGUGCCAGUGUAUCACCGGAUAUACUGGCAAUCCCGACCUGCACUGCAACCACACCAACUUCCGUACCGAUUUCCCACGACCCGACAUGGUGGUCAGCUGUCUUGCCGAUGGCGUCCAGGUGGAGAUCCACAUCACAGAGCCCGGUUUUAACGGAGUUCUCUACGUGAAGGGUCACAGCAAGGACGAGGAAUGCCGACGUGUGGUCAAUCUGGCCGGAGAAACUGUUCCUCGCACCGAGAUCUUCCGCGUUCACUUCGGUAGCUGCAGCAUGCAGGCCGUGAAGGAUGUGGCCAGCUUUGUGUUGGUCAUCCAGAAGCAUCCCAAGCUGGUGACCUACAAGGCUCAGGCCUACAACAUCAAGUGCGUCUACCAAACGGGCGAAAGGAACGUUACCCUUGGCUUCAACGUGUCCAUGCUGACAACGGCUGGCACGAUAGCCAACACAGGACCGCCACCCAUCUGUCAGAUGCGCAUCAUUACCAACGAGGGCGAGGAGAUCAACUCUGCCGAAAUCGGCGACAAUCUCAAGUUGCAAGUGGACGUGGAGCCAGCCACCAUUUAUGGAGGUUUUGCCCGCUCCUGCAUAGCCAAAACCAUGGAGGACAAUGUUCAGAACGAAUAUUUGGUCACGGAUGAGAACGGCUGCGCCACCGAUACCAGUAUCUUUGGCAAUUGGGAGUACAACCCGGAUACCAACAGCCUGCUAGCCAGCUUCAAUGCCUUCAAGUUCCCGUCCAGCGACAACAUACGCUUCCAGUGUAACAUACGCGUCUGCUUUGGACGCUGUCAGCCUGUAAACUGUGGCGGCUACAAUGCCUUCGGGCGUCGCCGUCGCGCUAUUGCUGAUAACUCCACCGAUACGACUGCCAUUGCCACCAACUCGGGUGUGGAGGGUCAACUGCGCGAAGAGAUCACCAUUUCGUCAAAUGCCAUUCUCACAUUCGAGAAGCGCAGCGGCCAGGGCCUAAAUGAUGCUAACAUCAAACCGGCGGCACAGCGCGUUGAGGAUAUUUGCGUUUCGAUGGUGGGAUUGAUUAUCGCUCUGGUCAUCACGGCUCUGCUGGCUCUUGUGGCCGUGGCCGUAGCGGUUUCCUGCUGGCUAAUGGCCUACAGAAGAAGACCGAAGACCAUUGCGCCCCUGCCCCAUCCACCGGAGUUCCCCAAUCCGCUGUUCGCCAAUCCCGACGCUGUGCCCGAGCCCACGCCGGACUACAUAUCCUAAACGUAACGUAAAACACACACACUGACAUACACAACACCUAGCUAUAUCUUUUAGUAUGUAAGAAAAACGAAAGAAAAUGAAAUCAAUGUGAAUUUGAAAAGCAAAAAGUGCAAAAAGUUCUGCAAAAUGCAAAAGAACCUCUAAUUAAAGCGCGAAAGAUAUAUACAGAUUGAAAGAAAUGAAAGAAAAACAAAGGUAAAUUUGUGAAACGAAACUCUGAAAGAAAGAAAAAUUGCGAAAAUGUGUAAAAAGCAGAGCGAGAAAAGUAUGCUCGCAAUUUAGUAGCUUAAGAAAAUAAUUUUACUAAUUGUAUUAACGUUUAGUAUUCUCCACACUUCCCACUAACAUGAGAGUUCCGCGUAGCGUUUGUACGGACGGAGGGAAGCUACAAACGAAUUCUCGUCCUCUAACGACAACUUCUUCAUUAGUCGAUUAUCAAUAUUAAUAUUGUUACAUUAUAUGCAUAACUAAGGACUUCCUAUAAACGUUUAGGGUGUGGGUACGACGACGACACUUGUAUUAUAGCACAGACACACGCACACACGCGAGACUACUUCCUGUAAUUUUAUAAUAAUCGCGAAACUUGAAACUAGCCUGUUAAAAUUGAAAACUGCCUUUGAUUUCCAACAAAAAGACCGAACAAUGCACCCCAGAAUAAUACUCUCUAGCAGUAAGGACAUUUCCCGUGUGGCCUUUGUAUAACCACUGGACAAUAUGACAACGAUUGUCCUUAGAUGGAUUCUACACAAGUCCUUGAGUCACAUACAUACACACACACACACACAUAGUAACGAAGAACCAAGAGCACUCGACAAGGCUUAAGGCACACACGGAGAAACCUGUCCAGGACUUGUAGCGAAAGAAGAACCAUUACUGCCACUGAGGCGUCAACAGCGCACAAAAGGAUAUCUUAUAUCUUAUAUAUCUAUAUUGCAUAGGAAACACUAGGUUUGUUUAUAAUUUUAAUCGCAACGACGACUAAUGGAGGAUUUGAUUUUGACCACUGUCCCCCUCCGACCACUUACUACACUCUACUAUAUACAAAUAACCCCUAUUAUUUUUGUAGUUUUUUAGUCAAUUAAUAUUAAAUUGUUGUGAUUGUUUUUAAUGCAAAAGAGAUACUUCCACUAAUUUACUAAUAUGUAGUAGAGACAAAACAAAAGUAGAAAGUACUUAAAAAGGCAACGAACCAGGGCCCCCGUGCCUGCCUAACCCAUGUGUCCAUAUGCACCCUGAGGAUUUGACUUGAAGCUGUCAACGCGCCGGAAGUCAUGCAGCGAAUUUUCGCUUCCGGUGCCUGUUUACAGAUUCGGGUUCGAUCCUGCUGGGAGCUUAUGAAUGGAUGCUCUGUUUGGGGGACGGCAGGCGGGCUGGAUUAAAUUAAAUUAUUAAAAAAUGAAGUUUUAAAUUAAUAUUAUUAAACGUAAACAAAAUGUAUAGUCACUACUUUAAGCCGAACGUGAAGAAAGGGAAUUUUCUUUAUAGUAAAAUACCAUAAUAUAUGAAAUAAACUCGCACUCAGAACGACACAAAGAGACAGACAGAAUUUGUAAAUAAAACCGGCAAUCCCCAAUGGUAUUUUUAGUAGCUUAUUAUUGUUUAUAGGUCCUUCCACAAAUCCGAACCCAUGCCAGGCAUAAAAUUAUUUUCUUAAUAAGCCCAAGAUAAACCCGAGAACUCCUCCCCGGAGUGCUUGAACAAGUGCACAAAUUAUUAAAAAAGAAAUACCCCAGCAUCGUUCACAAUAUUCACUAAACACUUUUAUUUUUCUUUGGAAAAACCGCUUAAAAAAAGAAUAUACAAAAAUUCUUAAACACAGAGUUCAACUCUGAGUAGACACAACUUUUUGCACUGGCAGCAAAUAUUAAACAAGAAUUAAUUGUAAAAAGAGAAGCAAAAACAAUAGUUAAAUUGUACUUAUAAAAGAGAGAAUGAAAACGAGAAACGAACAUAAUUGUAAUCGCUUAUUGUAAACUAAUAAAUAAAUAAAUAU